AUGCCGGUUUCUUUGCUUCUGGUUUUCCUUUCCUUACAACAUUGCGUUUUUUCGCUAGUAGGUAAGUUCCAAUCAGUUCUUUGCCAAGAAUGGGGCAAGAAUGGGGCUUGCAAAUCUGAUUUCUAUUUUGGAUCAUUAAAACAAGUAUACAAAUACUGUAUAUAUUUAGUAUAGUGACUGGAACGGCAUGCUGAGUGUUACGAGAGAGUUGUAAUCUGGUUCGGCAUGUGCAAACAGCCCAACUGGGUUUUUCCUGCUGCUUGGUGUUUUGACCUUCCAAAUUAGGUUUAUUGAGACUAACGGCAGCUGUCAGUUUUGAUAUGCAAGUUUUCAUACCUGAAUUAACAAUUGCAAGGUUGAAAUAGCCAGAGUUGUUGUUGCUGUGAGUGCAGAAUAUACUGAAUGCUUCUCCAUGUUGCAUAAUAUUCAGAUGCAAAGUUGAAAAUAAAAUUAGCUCAUGGUUUUACCUAAUUGUUGUAAAUCAAUACACAUAAAAAUGCAAUAAAUAAAUUAGGACUGAGGAUGUAACUUUGGGCACCUGGCAAUGUACUGGUUUUACGUACAAGUCUGUCUCUUUGCGAGGGGGGGUGGCGGGUUAGCUUUGAAGGCAAGAAUAGUUCAUUUUUUCAUGUGACUAGCUGCUUAGUACAUCACAGAUGCCCUAGCCUUGUCACAUAUUUAGUUGCAUGCAGCACACUAAUGUGUAGCAGGAGCUGUGGGGCUAUACUUCUGACCCUUAUACUAAAUUUUUGCGUUGAUCAUGAAUUCCUGAAAAGAGAAUCUCUGCAUUGAUUGAGUGAUUAUUUAAUUUCUGUACAGCUUAAUAUAUUAAAAAUAUCUAUGGGCAGUGUACAGAAAAUUGAAGCAACAAAAGACAACUUUAAAAAAAAAACCACUACAAAAAUACACAGGUACAUAUUAAAAUGUUACAUUAAUACCAUGUUAAAAAAAGGUAAAGGGACCCCUGACCAUUAGGUCCAGUCGUGGCCGACUCUGGGGUUGCGGCGCUCAUCUCACUUUAUUGGCCGAGGGAGUCGGCGUACAGCUUCCGGGUCAUGUGGCCAGCAUGACUAAGCCGCUUCUGGCAAACCAGAGCAGCGCACAGAAACGCCGUUUACCUUCCCGCCAGAGUGGUACUUAUUUAUCUACUUGCACUUUGACGUGAUUUUGAACUGCUAGGUUGGCAGGAGCAGGGACCGAGCAAUCGGAUCUCACCCCGUAACAGGGAUUUGAACCGCCAACCUUCUGAUCAGCAAGUCCUAGGCUCUGUGGUUUAACCCACAGCGCCACCCGCGUCCCAAUACCAUGUUACUAAUAUAUAAAAAUCAGUAUCAGUUCAUUUUCCUUCUGGCACACCCUCCAUCUCAGCCUCCGGGUUCUCACCCAGGAUCCAAACAAACUCUCAGCUCAUCCACAAAAGCCUUACGAAGAGUACGGUUCCUGGAAAGAGCAGGCAUCAUCCUAGCCUUUCACCCCAGGCUUGCUUUUUAUGGGCAGGCCCAAAGUGGAUGGUACUUCCUCAGGCUGUCCAUUCAGCUGUAGUCUCCACACCCAGUUCCAGGUACAGCAGGUUUGUUGAGUUUCCCAGGGGGUCCAAAUGAGGGGAAAAGGAUACCCUCCACUCACAGCUCUCAGACCCUCCAAAUGUCCCUAUUUUCCAGGGACAUCCUUGAUUUAGCGAAGCCGCCCCAGUUUCUGAUUUGAUGGAAUGUCCUACUUUUCCUUAGGAUGUCCCUAUUUUCAUUAGACAAAUGUUGGAAGGUAUGGAGUUAUCCUACCCCUGAGCCGUCUGAAGGCAAUCCUGUAUAGCAGUGAUUGCCAAACUUGGCCCUCCAGCGGUUUUGGGACUACAAUUCCCAUCAUCGCUGACCACUGGUCCUGCUAGCUAGGGAUUGUGGGAGUUGUAGUCCAAAAACAGCUGGAGGGCCAAGUUUGGCCAUCACUGCUGUAUAGGGAAGUUUUUAAAAUGUUUAAUUUUUUAAAUGUUUUUAUAUAUGUUGGAAGCUGCCCAGAGUGGCUGGGGCAACCCAGUAAGAUGUGUGGGGUUUAAAUAGUAAAAUUAUCAUUAUGGAAUGGGACGUCCCUAUUUUCAUCGAAGAAAUGUUGGAGGGUAUGAGCUCUUUCUUCACCCUCCAGCCAGUGUGGUGUAGUGGUUAAGAGCAGUAGACUCGUAAUCUGGUGAACUGGGUUCACGUCUCCGCUCCUCCACAUGAAGCUGCUGGGUGACCUUGGGCUAGUCACACCUCUCUGAAGUCUCUCAGCCUCACUUACCUCACACAGUGUUUGCUGUGGUAGAGGAAGGGAAAGGAGAAUGUUAGCCGCUUUGAGACUCCUUCGGGUAGUGAUAAAGCGGGAUAUCAAAUCCAAACUCCUUCUCUUUCUCCUCCUUCUCCUUCUCCUUCUUCUCCUUCUCCUUCUCCUUCUCCUCCUCCUCCUCCUCCUCCAGCUGCUCCAGAUAGAACCCAAAGGAUGAGAAAAGUUGCAUGGGCAGCCACUCUAUGCUAGCAGGGCACCUGGCCAACAGGUGUUCUACUUGUAUGGAGCUCCUAGGCAUGAGCAGAUCCUUGUGAGAAGGAUCCCUUCCUUGGAGCUCCAUGCUCAACAGGGGUGCCAUAUCAGGGAUGGGGCCUGAGCUUGUGAUUCUAUUCUGGCUGCUAUACUACCCUACUUGCCUUAAAUUUGUAGGGUUUUCAAACUAUGGCUCAGUCCUGUUGCUUUAUUUUAGUAGCUGCUUCUGCAGCAAGAUACUGUGUUGGGAUUGGUAGUUUGCUGUUUUGUAUCCUUGGACUCCAACGCCCAUCACCCCCAGCCAGCAUGGCUAAGGAACAGGAAUCAUGGGAGCUGUAGUUCAGCAACAUUGGUAGGCCUGCCGGUUCCCCAUCACUGCUUUAUAUGCUGCUGCUCAUUCCUGUCCAAAGUUGUUUCCUUUCUCUGUGUUUCUCAUUAUUUCUGUUUUCCAGCUUGUGAUUCUUUUUCACAAGAAAUCUUCAUGAAAGUUCAACAUUUUAGUGCUUAUUUCCUCUAAUAACUUGUCUGUGCAGUUUUGCCUAAUGUACACAUUUUAGCAAAGCAUAUUUCCCUAACAUUUAUAUUUUCCCCAAUGUAACACAUUUUUAAUGUUGCUUUCACUAAUACUUGCGUUUUAUGCAGUUUACAUACAUUUUCGUAAACAUUAGAUGGCCAAAGAACUGCAUUGCAACAUUCAGAGAGAUUUGUGAAUUUCAAAGUAUGGCUGUGUUUCAAUUCACAUAUUAUUUAUUUCAUAAAAUUUAUACUCCAUUUGACUGUAAAAUAUAUCUGAAAGAGCAUCUCUACCCCCAUCGUCCAGCCCGGACACUGAGGUCUAGCUCUGAGGGCCUUCUGGUGGUACCCUCACUGUGAGAAGUGAAGCUAAAGGAAACCAAGCAGAGGGCCUUCUCGAUAGUGGCGCCCACCCUGUGGAACAGCCCCCCAUUAGAUGUUGAGGAGACAAAUAGCUACGUGAUUUAAAAAAAAACAAAAACAAGCAUCUGAAGGCAGCCUUGUUCAGCCUUUAGUGUUUAGUGUUUGAUGUUGUAUUGUGUUUUUACUAUUUUUUGUUGGGAGCUGCCCAGAGUGGCAACCCAGUUAGAUGGGCGGCAUACAAAUUAUCAUAAUCAUUUUUACAAAAUAAUAAAAAGCGAUUUACAAGGAUUAUUUCAAAAAUUGAGAAUUAGGUAGAUUCACCUUUACAUGUGAACUGAAUUGAAUUCCCCAUCCCUAUGCAUUUUGCUUCUUAUUUUUCCUCACAUCUCUAGUUCCAGUUCUUUAAACGGAUGAAGCACAGAGUUAAGCAAAAUAAAGGGACAGAACAGAGAUGACUCUCCCAAAGGUGUUGAAUUCCAACUCCCGUUAGCCCUAGUCAGCACGGCCAAUGGACAGGGAUUGUGGGAGCUGUCAUUCAACAACAGCAGGAGGGCCACAGGUCCUUCCACCCCUGGAAUAUGGCAUGCAGCAGGCAGAGCAGGGAAAAGGAAUCUGUGGCCCUCCUCUUGUUGGAUUAUAGCUCCCAUCAGGAAAAGAAGCCGAUUCUCACUGGGACAAUCUUAAACAUAGCUUGUUUUGUUGAGGAAUACAAAUGAUCCUUCUUCGGAAGCUAUAAACAAUGGACAACAUAAACACAUUUUAAAAAUGGCAUUAGUUACAUUCAUACUGCAAUGCACAUGCACGAUAAGUCCAAAAUCUCAAAACCACAUUUGAAUCAUAUGCUUAAAAAAUUCUUCACAUAUUUGUGUUGUGACCAUAGGAAACGUCAAAUAUCUAUUUCAACAAUAUAAAAAAAGUACAGCUGCAGGUAUGCAGUCUAGAUACAAAUGUAUAAAUAUGUUUUUAAGCACGUGGUUCAAAUAUUCUGUCUUAGUUCCAGCAACUGUGGAAAAGUUUUACCCCUUUUUUAAAAAAGACAAUGUUUCAAUUAGUAGUAGCCUCUCUCUCCCCUCCCCUUUGUGCUCGACUUCCCUUAAAAGUAUUUAGGAAGAAUUUGCAAGCAUUGCACAUACUAGUUUACAAAAACGCGGAGCAAUUGUUAGCACAACAAUAUAGUAAAAGACUUUAUCACCGUUGGUGAUAAUUGUACAUUUCCUUGUAUUGUCUGUAAGGAAAACUGACUGAUAAACUGCAAGGGUUUGUGUCUCCAGUACUCAUCAACUUUAUGCUGCUUCCUAAUGGGUUGGAAGCCAAGGAGGACAAGAGGAAGAAACCAGCUUCUAGAUAAGUGUAGGUCAGCUUUGUCACCGAAACAAAAAAACAUUCAUUUCCAGUUUGCAGAAGAGCUAGCCAUUGCAUCUUAAAAAUAAAACACAGUACAAAUUAUUGUGGAGCCAUCUAUUUGGCAUGCAUAUAUAUAUAUAUAUGCAUGCCAAAUAGAUGCAUAUAUAUAUAUUUGAUUUUACAUAUUAAAAUUUACAAUCAUACCACAACACCUUCCAUAAAUACAAGAGUCCCAUGAAUCUCUGGACUUCCCUCCUCCCCCUCUGUGGGUCCCGUUAUUAAACAUUUUCUGCUGCAUCUUUUAUAGUAAUCCAGAUCUUUUUAUAUCUCCAUUGUAUCAACAGUUCUCGUUACAUUACAAGUGUUAUUGCAAUUCCGCUAACGAUUUUAACUGUUUACAGUGGUCUCCAAGGUAAAUUAUAAAUUUACCCCAUUCCUUAUUCAAAUUUUGGUCUCCCUGAUUUCUCGGGUCAUUUUUGCCAUUUUGGCAUAGUCCAGCAACUUGACGUGUCCUCCUUCUCUGGUAGGGACUUUGUCUUCUUUCCAUCUCUGGGCCAGCAGCAUCUGCACAGCUGUUGUUGCGUACAAUAAACCAUCUCUUCCAUUCCCUUAAGAUUUUGGCACCUAGAAUUCCUAAUAGAAAAGCUUCUGGGUUUUUUUGGUGUUUUUUUAAAAUAAUAUUUAUUAAUAAUUUCAAGAUUACAAAAAAAAAGAAAAAAUAAAGAACAACACUACAAUACAAAGAAAAAGAGAAAAACGCAGAAUAUAAAAACCAAUACAAUAAUACAACAAAAGGAAAAAAAAGAGGGGGGGGAAGACACAAAUCCCAAAUUGCAUAUCUAUAAUUUCCAUUUGCUUGUUUCAUUGACUUCCUCACACCUCCCUUUUCGUAUUCUAGUUUAAUUAAUUAUUUCAGCAAAUUCUUUCCAUCUUUCUCAAUUUUUGUUAAAAAAUUUAUCUUAACAAUUUAACCUAAUAAUUAACUCAACAAAUCCUUUCCAUCUUUCCCCAUAUUCUGUUAUUCAAAUUACCUUAAUUUAUUUAACCUUCUCUUACCCCAAAAUACCUUAAAGCUUAAAUCUUAGUUUUCAAAUAUACAUAGCUCCUGAUAUCAUUUCUGCUAGAGUCAUAUAUUUUCAUUCCAACAUUUUCCCAAAUAUUCAUUAAGCUAAUUCUAAAUAAAAAGUUUCCUUUAUAAAUUUUCUUCCAAUCAUCAUCCAGCGUCUCUUCUUCCUGGUCUCGGUUCGUGUCAGUCCUUACUGUCCAUUCCGUCUAGUCCAUCAACCUGGAAGCCUUAUGUCCGAGGCCCUUAAGUCUCUUCCAUGUCCCUUCUGCAGUUCUUCUUCUUCUUGUUUAUACUUGCCCUUUUCCUUGUCUUUUGUUGGUCUCUUUCUUAAUUUCUUUCCUUUCUCAUUGAGGAGUAAGUCUCUGGGGGAUUCCAACCCAAAAUUGUCUCCAUCUCCCUUCAUCCAGCCCGCCCAUUCCCCACAGUCCCACUCCCCACAGUCCUCGAUAUAAUCCAAAGAGUAUUUAAAAUCAUAUUUCAAGGUCUCUCCAAGGUUAGGAACCUCCUCAUCUCCAAACUCCCCCUGGCCCGCUUCAACUUCAAUCUUCAAUGACAGUGGCUUAUGCUCCUAUAGGGCCUCGGGUCUCUCCAUUUGUAUUAUUUGAGCUGCAACCGCAUCCUCCUCCACUGUCAUCUGCACUUGCCCAGUCAGUACAGAAUCAUAGGUUGGUCCCUGGAUGAUUUCUGUAUCAAUGUUCCCUGUUUGUCCACAGUUAUUAACCACAACAGUCAAAUCCAUUUUCUCAUUCAUCAAGUCCAUCUUCUCGUGCAUCUGUUCCAGCAAGGCAUUUGUCUUGCAUAAAGCAAGCACCCAGUCUUCCUCCCAGCUCAUCUUUGGUCAAGGUCAGAAAAGACUGUUCCCACGAUCUUAAUCUCACAGAUGUUGGGUCCUCAAGUAUACUGCAGCAACAAUUUAACAAGCUCCCUCUAGAGGAGACAAUUUCUAUUUGUAUCCAUUUUUUAAAAAGGCAAAGGAAAGUUACUUUCAUUUCCCAGAUAUUUCAGAUGUUUUUCAGAUAUUUUGUUUCUUUAAAAUGCAAAAGGCAACAUUAGAAUCAACUUGUCUCUCUUCAUUAGCUAUCUGUCAAAAUAUUCCAUUCACAGUCAAUGAACCUCUCCAACAGUUUCUGUCUCUGACACCCUGUUCCCAGGUUAGAGACGGUGGAAACUUAUCCUUCUUCACUCCCUCUCCUGCAAGGGUUAAACAGAUUCCCCCCCCCCUUUUCUCCUGCUUCCAAGGGGGGUUUCAGUGAUUCUGAAUGAAGGAAAUUUAGGCUUUUUUGACAGCUUUCCCAGCUUUAGCUUACAAAAUUUUUGCUUUAGUCUAUAUACAAAAAGCGGAAGGCGGACUUCCUGUUUUGCACCUUCCCGCUUCGAUACCAAAUUAAGCAAUUUCUUGAUCCAAUUUUCCGUUUCUACUCACGGGUACUUGUUUUAAGUCCAAUUGUCCACAGGAAAAAGUCAGCGCUCUCUGGCAAUGGCUGUGCAGCUUCACUCCGUGAAAGUAGCAGUCAGUUCGCAGCACCGCGCUUCUCACCCCACUUCGCUCCGGAGCCCCUAAAUGGGAUUCCCCACGAGUAGGGGGGCGCUUCUGGUGCCCUGCCGAACCCCACGUUCCCAGGCUUCCUCUGCCUGGGAUUUCUAGCGGGUCCCCACCUUCGCCGCGGCGGGAAGACCCAGUUUCCACGGAGCCCGUUCCUCCGGUCGGAGGAACUCCGCCAUUCACCAAUGGCGCCGACCUGGAAGUCUUUUUUGUAAAAGUUAUUUUAAACGUUUUUCCUAGUUCAUUAUAUAUCAUUUCCCAGAAUGCUCUCUCUCUCCUUUACACACUUUCAUAGAGCUUCAACAGAUCUGUUGGAGAGAUCGCACUGAGCCCUAAUAGCUGUGUUUUGUGUUCACUUUAUAUUAAUGUGCAAAUCGGGUUCAAGGGCUUCUUGAACCAGAUUUCUGCUUGUGAUACACAUGACUAGUUGGUCUUCUGUGCCAUAGAUCUUACAUUUUUUGUUUUUGGUUACAGAUACCAGCAAAUUUUUAAUAUAUAACGAAAACCACAACCUUUGUGUUCAUGUACAGUCUGCAAGCUAUGUCACUACCAGUACUUGCAACCAUGAAAGUGAUGAACAAAAAUUUAGAUGGAUUUCAAGCCACCAGCUGAUGAGCGUGUCUUUGAAGUUAUGCUUUGGAGUCUCUUCAAAGGUUGACUGGACACCAGUUACUCUGUACCCAUGUGACUCAACAAGCGAUCUCCAGCGGUGGGAAUGCAAAAAUGACACACUUUUCGCCAUCCAAGGAGCAGAUCUGCAUUUCAACUAUGGCAACAAAAAUGAAAAAAGAAUUAUGCUGUACCGGGGAUCUGGCGAAUGGAGUCGGUGGAAGGUCUAUGGAACCAGAGACGAUUUGUGCUCCCGGGGCUAUGAAGGUAAAUCUUCCUGGUUGUUGUUUCGUUUUCCUUCUGAGUUAAUAUACUUGGCUACUUGAAUCUUUAGUCAUGUUGUUAUAUAAGCCAACAACCCAGCCAGAUGGCUGGGGUAUAAAUAAUAAAUUAUUAUUAUAAUGCACAGAACUAGGAACCCAUACAAAUAACAUAACUUGUCCCUUUAGAGAUUUGUCAUCCUAGGAUAGGACUGCUAUACAUCAAGUCAAUCGAAAAGUGGCUUCCUUAAAAAAACUCAACAACUAGGAUAGCAUAAUUAUCUGAAUCGUCCCAAUAGGCAAGGUGUAUUUGGCCACACAUUGAAUGCCUAAGUAUAAUGAAAUUCCAAGCUGUAAGAUCAUUUCUGUCAGAAUAAGCAACAAGUGGACAGGGGUAGCCAACAUGGUGACCUCCAGAUAUUGCUAGACUACAACUCCCAUCUGCCACAGUCAACCCAACUUGUUGAUGGCCAGUGGCCAGCUAGGAUGAGAGUUGGGGUCGAGCAACACCUGAAGUGUGGCUACCCCUGAGUUAGAGCAUGACUGAAUUGCCAUGUCCAGUUAUAUGAACAAUAGAUAACAUCUAGGCUAAGGCAGAACCAACGUGCAAAUAUCCAGUUGUGGAGAUGUUCAAAAUGUUAUUAAUUCCCUUUUUAAAAAGCAAAGCAAAGCACAGAUGGAUAGCUGUCUGUCAUGGAUGCUUUAGCUGAGGUUCCUGCUUUGGACUAGAUGACCCUUGCGGUCCCUUCCCACUCUACAACUCUAUGAAACCUCUACCCAAUUUAAUAUUUGCAAGUGAUGCCAGGUUUGCACUUGGAUGUGUCAUUGAGGGGAAGUGCUCAGACACUUCCUCUCCUUUGUGACAACUCGGUGUCAAGUUUAUGAACCAGGGCAUACCAGCCAGUAACCAUGACAACACGGAGACAGGAAGAGCAUUCAAGCCAUAUUCAGUCAUCCUCUCUCUCCCCCGCCUCACCGCACCAUCUUCAUGUUAUUAUGAACUGUAGCCUAGCUCCCUCCCGCACAUGCCUGUCAAUAAUAAUAAUAAUAAUAAUAAUAAUAAUAAAUUUAUUAUUUAUACCCUGCCCAUCUGGCUGGGUUUCCCCAGCCAGUUUGGGCAGCUUCCAACAAAAUAUUAAAAUACAGUAAUCCAUCAAACAUUAAAAGCUUCCCUAAAGAGGGCUGCCUUCAGAUGUCUUCUAAAAGUCCAGCCCUAGGGGAGAAGAUUAUUUCCCUCCCAGCUUAUUCACUUCUAUACCUUUUUCCAGAAUGUGGAAUAAAGUGAAGGGAUAUAAGCAUAAAUAAAGAGCAAGCAAGCAAGCAAAUACAAAUAAAUGAAAUGAAAUGUCUCCCUCCAGCCUGCCUGUCUCUGGUUUUGAACUAUGGCAAGGAGGCAUGUUUGAAAUCAUAAAAAACCUCUAAAAAUAAAAGAAAUAAGAAUAUUGAACACAGGAUAUUCAGGCCUAUAAUGGUAUGUUUGUUUGUUGGUUGGGUUGCAUAGGCAUAUGUAAACUGCCAUCCUACAUAUGAACUUUGCACACUUUGUUCUAAACCAUUUCUGGCACUAUCCCAUUUUUGUGGAAUAGCUUUUUACAUUUGCCAAAGUGUUUUAGUCUUUUUAUCCUUGUGACAAUGCUGUAAAGUAGACCACGAUACAAUUUGAGCAAAACAACAAAGAGAACAGUGCUUGUAUCAAAGACUUUUUUUAAAAAAAUAAUAUUUAUUAUUUUUCCAGAAACUUAAACACUAAAAAAAAGACAAUGCAAAACAUUAAAUUAACAAAACAAAACAAAAACAAUAAAAUAAAUCAAACAGUUUCAUUAUCCCAUCUUUCACUCAUUUAUUUCCACGACCUCCUCACACCUCCCUCUUUGUAUUCCACUUCUGAUAAUUAUUUCAGCAAUUCCUUUCCAUCUUCCUCUGCUUUCUAUCCUUUAAUUAUCUUAACAAAUUCUAACCUUAUUUUUUCCUUUAAUGCUCUAUUAACCUAUCUAUACUUAAUUCCUUAUAACAUUUCUACUAAAGCCAUAUAACUUCAUUCCAACAUUUUUCUAACAUUCAUUAAUUUUACAAUAUUUCUGUAAAUAGUCUUUAAAUUUUUUCCAAUCUUCUUCCACCGACUCUUCUCCCUGGUCUUGGAUUCUGCCAGUCAUUUCCGCCAGUUCCAUCAACUUCAUCUGCCACAGAUGAAGUCCAUCAACUUCAUCUGCCAUUCUUCCAGAGUGGGUAAAUCUUGUGUCUUCCAAUAUUUCGUGAUGAGUAUUCUUGCUGCUGUUGUUGCAUACAUAAAAAAGGUUCUAUCCUUCUUUGGCACCAAUUGGUCGACCAUGCCCAGGAGAAAGGCCUCUGGUUUCUUCAGGAAGGUAUAUUUAAAUACCUUUUUCAUUUCAUUAUAAAUCAUCUCCCAGAAUGUCUUAAUCCUUGGGCAUGUCCACCAAAGGUGAAAGAAUGUACCUUCAGUCUCAUUACAUUUCCAACAUUUAUUGUCGGGCAAAUGGUAAAUUUUUGCAAGCUUAACUGGUGUCAUGUACCACCUGUAAAUCAUUUUCAUUAAAUUUUCUCUUAGGGCAUUACAUGCCAUAAAUUUCAUACUUGUGGUCCAUAACUGUUCCCAGUCAGCCAUCAUUAUGUUAUGUCCAACAUCUUGUGCCCAUUUAAUCAUAGCUGACUUCACCGUUUCAUCCUGAGUAUUCCAUUUCAACAGCAAGUUAUACAUUUUGGACAAAUUCUUAUUUUUUGAAUCUAACAAUUCUGUUUCCAAUUUUGAUUUUUCCACCUGAAAACCAACUUUUUUGUCUAAAUUAUAUGCCUCCAUUAUCUGAUAAUAAUGGAGCCAAUCUUGCACUCUAUUUUUCAAUUUUUCAAAGCUCUGCAAUUUUAAUCUGUCUCCAUCUUGUUCCAAAAUUUCCCAAUAUUUCGGCCAUUUGGCCUCCAUAUUGAGUUUUUUCUGUGCCUUCGCUUCCAUUGGUGACAACCAUCUUGGGGUUUUCUUUUCUAAGAAAUCUUUAUAUCUUAUCCAAACAUUAAACAAUGCUUUUCUGACAAUAUGAUUUUUAAACGCUUUAUGUACUUUGACCUUAUCGUACCACAAAUAUGCAUGCCAACCAAAUACAUUAUUGAAACCUUCUAAAUCCAAGACGUCAGUGUUUUCCAGAAGUAGCCAUUCUCUCAGCCAGCAAAAAGCCGCUGAUUCAUAAUAAAGUUUUAAGUCUGGCAGGGCAAAUCCACCUCUUUCUUUAGCAUCGGUUAAUAUCUUAAAUUUUAUUCGAGGCUUCUUGCCCUGCCAAACAAAUCUGGAAAUAUCUUUCUGCCACUUCUUGAAACAGUCCAUCUUAUCCAAGAUUUGUAAUGUUUGAAACAAAAACAACAUCCUUGGCAGCACAUUCAUUUUUAUCACAGCAAUUCGGCCUAACAAUGAUAACUUCAAAUUUGACCAUAUUUCUAAAUCCUUUUUGACUUCAAUCCAACAUUUUUCAUAAUUGUCCUUAAAUAAAUUCACAUUUUUAGCAGUCAUGUUAACCCCUAAAUAUUUCACUUUCUUAACCAGUGUUAGUCCUGUCUCUUCCUGAAACUUCUCUCUCUCAUUCACAGUUAAAUUUUUCUCUAAAACCUUAGUUUUUGUCUUAUUCAACUUAAAACCUGCUACUUGUCCAAAUUCUUGAAUCAGUUCCAAUACCCUUUUUGUACUGGAUUCUGGCUCCUGUAAGGUCAAUACUAAAUCAUCAGCAAAUGCUUUCAGUUUAUACUGUUUAGCUCCCACUUGUAUACCUUUAACCUCUUGGUCCUUUCUUAUCAUGUUUAACAAAACCUCAAGGACCGAAAUAAAAAGCAGUGGAGAAAUUGGGCAACCUUGUCGUGUCCCUUUCUCAAUCUUAAACUCUUCUGUCACUACAUUAUUCACAAUUAAUUUUGCCUUUUGUUCUGAAUAAAUUGCACCUAUACCGUUUUCAAAACCUUGACCUACCCCCAUCCCCUGUAGAUUCUUCUUCAUAAAGCUCCAGGAGAUGUUGUCAAAGGCUUUCUCCGCGUCCACAAAUAUCAAGACAGCCUUAGUGUUGAUAUUCACUUGAAGUUUUUCUAGAAUAUUAAUUAUAUUCCUCAUAUUGUCAGACAAAUGUCUGCCCGGGAGAAAGCCCGCUUGGUCUUUAUGAAUUUCUUCUACUAACACCUUUUUUAAUCUUUUAGCCAAAAUAUCUGCAAAAAUUUUAUAAUCCACAUUUAGCAACGAUAUGGGGCGGUAGUUCUUGAGCUGUGUCUUUUCAGUCUCUGUUUUCGGUAUAAGUGUAAUGUAAGCUUCCUUCCACGACUCUGGUGCCUUUUCCCCUUCCAAUAUUUCAUUACAGACUUCCUUCAGUGGUUGUAUUAACCAUUCUUUCAAAGAUCUGUAAUAUCUUGAAGUCAAACCAUCUGGUCCUGGAGAUUUACCUAAUUGCAUAUUCUGAAUAGCCCCUUCCACCUCCUGGUCCGUUAUUUUGUAGUUCAACAUUAGUUGUUUUUCCUGAGAGAUUUUGUGUAGUCCAUUUAUUUUUAGAAAGCGAUCAAUGUCCAUUUCUUUCUGCUUCUCCUGUGUAUAGAGUUGUUUAAAAUAUCUCUGGAAACUCUUCCUAAUCUCCACUGGAUUCUGUAUAUUUUUUCCUUCCACUUCCAAAUUCGUAAUAGUGUUGAGUUUUUGUCUUUUUUUCAUUUGCCAGGCCAACAAUUUCCCACAUUUAUUUGCCGAUUCAAAUGUCUUUUGUCUCAUCUGUUUAAUCUUCCAUUCUAUUUCCUGAUUCAUCAGUUUUGCAUAUUGUACUUGAUAUAACUUUAUCUCUUUCAGAAUCUCCUGUGACUUUGGUUUUGCUCUCAGUUUCUUCUCUCCUUCCUUUAUCUUUUCCAAGAUUUUGUCCUUUUUUUCAUUCUGAGUUCUCUUCUUGAUUGCAUUCUGUUGUAUUAGAAAUCCUCUCAUAACCGCUUUGCUUGCAUCCCAGAUUACUUUUUUCCACUGUAGUAUUCAUGUUUAUCUUGAAGUAAUCUCUUAGAGUUUUUUGGGCAGUGCUUGUAUCAAAGACUAAGGUAGUAAGGUAUUCAAGAGGAACAAAUUUAUUAUGGCAUAAGUGGGGUUUUUUUGGCUAAAGUCUUCUUCAUCAGGUGCAUCAUUUUGAUAAUCCACAAAAGCUUAUGGAAUACAGUGGUACCUCUGGUUACGUACUUAAUACAUUCCGGAGGUCUGUUCUUAACCUGAAACUGUUCUUAACCUGAAGCAUCACUUUAGCUAAUGGGGCUUCCUGCUGCUGCCACAGUAUCACAAUUUCUGUUCUCAUCCUGAAGCAAAGUUCUUAACCCGAGGUACUAUUUCUGGGUUAGCAGAGUCUGUAACAUGAAGCGUAUGUAACUUGAAGCGUAUGUAACCCAAGGUACCACUGUAAUGCAUCUGCUAGCUUCUAAAGUAUUACACGAUUAUUGUUCUGUGUCUGCUGUAAGCCAUGGCUAGUUGGCUAACACUUUGUCUUAAAGUAUACCAGAGUAAUGGUAUACUUGAUUACUUUAUUACUGGUUCUUUUAUUGCUUUUACACUUUUCUCUUCCUCUUUCUUUCCAGACAUGUUCACUCUGAACGGCAAUGCCAAUGGAGCACCAUGUGUAUUCCCUUUCCAGUAUGAUGGUAACUGGUACGCAGAGUGUACAACUGCUGGCAGGUCCGAUGGCUGGCUGUGGUGUUCAACUACUAGAAACUAUCAUACAGACAGGAAAUAUGGCUUUUGCCCACUGAAAUGUAAGUUCUGUAGUUGUUUCUCAAGCCUGGAUCAUGAAAUGUCACUAUCUAAGGCUAUGUACACACCAUAUAUUUAAAGUACAGUCACACCUUGGUUGUCAAACGGAAUCCGUUCCAGAAGUCUGUUUGGAUUCCGAAAAAGUUCGACAACCAAGGCGUAGCUUCCAAUUGGCUGCAGGAGCUUUCUGCACUCAAGAGGAAGCCACAGAAGCCGUGUUGGAUGUUUAGCUUCCAGAGAAUGUUUGCAAACCAGAACACUUCCGGGUUUGCUGUGUUCGGGAGCCAAAACAUUCGAGUCGCAAGGCGUUUGGGAUCCAAGGUAUGACUGUACAUUGUUUCUCUCAAAGAAUCUUGAGAACUGUUGUUUACAUCAUAGAGCUGCGAUUCCCAGCACCAUUAACAAACUCUAGUUCCAUGAUUCCUUGGUGGAAGUUUUGUGCCUUAAAUAUAUGGCUAAAUGUGGAUGUCUAAAAGCACUGACUAUUUUAAUUGAUCAUUUAUUCAAUAAAACAUACAUAAAUGUGCAUAUUAUUGAACUGUGAAGAUAGGCAACUUUUCUGAAAAGGGCAGGGAUGUAAUGAUUUAACAAACUUUUUUUGAGUUUUAUUUAUUAACGUUCUUAAGUUACAUAGGUAAACAUUAUCAUAUUACAUCACAAGGCUUAUUAUAAUAUAAUUUUCAGCAUGUAUACAAAGUUUAUACACAAAGUUUAUAUACCUAAAGAAAAGAAACAAGGACAAAAACUAUUCCAAAAUCAUAUAUGUACCAACACUUUGGACUUCCUGUCUAUCCUGUUGUAUAUUCCUUUUUUACAAAUGAAUAUGAUUUAACAAACAUUAACUGCUUGUUCCUGCCGGGGUCCUGACUGGAGCUAGGGUGUCCUUGUGCCUGUUAUCUGCAAUUGGAGAAAAGCUUCCAUUGUGGAUAGCAAGGGUGGGGGGAAUGUGGCAGUUUCUAUCAGGACCAUGGUGUGGGCAAAGGGUUAAAAGUCAAGGCCUUUAACAAAAGAAAAGAAACACAUAAAGGCAAAAUCAAAGAAGAUCACAUGUCUGACUGUUCCAAUGUCCAAACUCUGUAUUUUUCUACAGAGCCCUAGAACAACUCGGGAGGAAUUUUCCUAUGAAUUUUAGCACUAUAUUAUUACAGUCCCACUGCUUGAAGUCGCAUUGUAGCUUGUCAUUGCAUUUAAAUAUAUAUAUAUAUCUUUAUUGAUGUUUAAAGCAGAAAAAUAACAGCUAAAACUAGCAGGAACGGCCAAACCUAUAGAUCCAGCCAGCUCAGUAAGCAGUCUGUGUCACUGAGUAGAAGUAAUUCACAAACUGUCUGGCUCAAUAGAGACCACGGGAGGUGAAGAUUUGACAGAAACAUUCAGACAGAAACAGGAAAAUAUUAUUACAUACUUUAGAUAUCCAUUGUUUGAGAGGGCAUGUCCAAGCUACCUUAGAAAAAACAAAGCAGAAGUCACCUACCACAAAUGGUGUGUUUCUGAGGUCCCUUUGUUCAGUUCAGAAAAUAGUUAUGUCUAUGUUAAUUUCAGGACGAUAGAUUCAGACUCUCUAACUAAAUAAUGCUUCUUUCGUUUUGUCGUAACAAACAUUGGAAGCCUGUCUUUAUUUCCCCCUAUAGUUGACGGAAUGGACAAGCUGUGGAAUACAGACCAUAUGACCAAUGUUCAGUACCAGAUAAACUCAAACGCUGCUCUAACUUGGUACCAAGCGAGUAAAAGUUGUCAGCAACAAGGUGCAUGUUUGUUGGGAAUUACUGAGUUACAUGAGCAAAUGUACCUAACAGGUAAGUUAUCCAUGUGCAUGGAUAUUUUGUAGCAUGUCAUAUAUUAUAUCCCAAAUAAAUUAAAGUGAAAGACUUGAAAGUUGCACAACAGAACUGGCAUUAUCCCCAUUCCUGAUCUCUCUGCAUUAACAGGUACAUAGAUCUUAUGUUUCUACGAUGCCUGUCUGUUUGUCUUUACGACUGAGAACUCUGAAAAAGCAGGAUUCCCAAUCGCACAGAAAGAAGUGUAGCCAUACAGUUGGAUACGGUUGGAUAGAGUGUGGUGCUGAUAAUGCCAAGGUUGCAGGUUCGAUCCCCACAUGGGACAGCUGCCUAUUCCUGCCUUGCAGGGGGUUGGACUAGAUGAUCCUCAGGAUCCCUUCCAACUCUACAAUUCUACGAUUCUAUAUAAUAUCUAGACAUGAACACAAUAAGCUGAAUGUGUGAAGGCUGAGAGUGGGAAUGGCACUCCUAAGUUUUCUGCCUCCCCUGCUGUGUGCAAGGUAACAUUUGAAAAGUGAUCUUGUAGCUUUGCUUCAUAAAUGUCAAAAGCAAGCUCUCCUGCUUAAGAACCCUACUUUUGCACUGCCUUAUCACAGCAAUGAAGAAAUUUAAACCCAUGCACUCAUACUAUAGAGUCUUGUUGGUUGCUUGACUCUCUUGCACAUACUGAGCAAUCGAUUUGCAUUCACCAGGAACUAUUUGCUCAAGCCUCUUUUCACAUUUUCAAUUUCAAUGUGAAACGAUCAGAUUUAUUGCUUAAUCUGUAAAAACAGAUGCCCCAGUCCAACCUGCCAAUGUUUCAUACUCUCUGCUGUGGAAGUCACACUUCCUGACACCAGAUAUGUAGGAACGGGUUGUGGAGAUUUAGUGGUGAGCCAAAAGUACUUUGCACAUUUUAAAUUUUACUUCAUGUAUUUGAUCACCACGAUCCAGGAGAGUGGGUGCAUGAGACUGAUCGCAAAUGCUUAUUUUCUGCAAGUCUUAAACUUCAGCCUGGUAGAACUUGGCUCCAUCUUGUCUGGUUCUUCUUGUCGUAAGCACGAAAGGCAGGUCUAGAGGUAGACUUACCAAAUUCAGUAAGGUGUUGUUGUGCUGACAAAGGAAACUUUUGGCAGAUGGUGCUUCUCCCUUCAUAACGCUGCAGUGGUAAAAUUAAUUUUCGAUUGUUGAAAUUCUCCUUUGCUCUGCAACUUUGAUGCUCAUCCUUACCCAGUUACCUGUAAUUACUACUGCCUGUUGUGGUGUCCGCAUUCCUGAGACUGAUUCUUUGCUGUGUUUUGCAUGCUCAUUUAGCGUUAACUUCGACUUUGACUACUGAACUCUGGUUUGGUCUUAACAGUUUGGACUCCAACCGUGGAUGGCAAUGGAGUGGUGGCCAUCCUUUCAGAUACCUAAACUGGGCACCAGGUAACCACUGUUGUUUGGGUGUUUAUAUAUUCUAAGUGCAUUUGUCUUUCCAAUUUUCCUCAUAAUCUGUUAGUUUUUCCUCUUUUUUUGCAGUAGAGAACAAUACCCCACACACAAUUUCAAAUGUCCCUUCCCCACUAAGAGUGCAAUUCAUGAUGCCCCAUUUCAUCUUCUCAUCCUGAAAUUUUUGUUUGGAUUUCCAAAACAUGUGUUCUUGGGUCCAAUAUGCUAUGGCCUUCCAGAUAUGUUUAGCUAUACAUACCAUCAUCCCUAUAAUUGGCCAUGAUGAAUCAUUCAUAUGUUCAUUACAAAUAUAGGUUGAAGUCCUGAAAUGAAAUUUUGAGGUGAAACAAUGAACUGAGCACUUUUGCCGUGAGCAAAAUUGCAGCCUGGAUCACUUCAAUGUGCUGAUCUGUUUACUGAGCUGACUUUAUGUAGAAAACGCCUCUUACAUGCCCGUUGGCUACAAUGGAAUUUUGUAACAAAGACCUUGAACUCUGUAAAGUGAAUAUCCUUCUUAUUUGUGCCCGUUUCUUAAAGGGAGUCCUUCUCCAGAGCCUGGAAAAACCUGUGGAACAUUUAAUCCCAGUAAAAAUGGCAAAUGGGAAACUCUAGAAUGCAGUCAGAAACUUGGUUACAUUUGUAAAAAAGGGAAUUCCAGUCUGAACUCCUUCACUAUUUCUUCAGGUAGGUUGAUGAAUAGAAGUUGGCAGUAGGCUGAUGAAAAAAAAGGAAAGCUUCACAUGUAUUUUGGAGCUCUUUCAAAAAGCUCUGUGAAGAGGAGUCUUCAAAACACCCAGUUCUUGAAGAGGAUAGUAUUGUUUUCUGUUGUUUCAAAAGGGCCUAUUGGCUGUGUAACACAGGCGUCUACACAGUCAGCAUCCCUAGUAUGUGCAAGCAUCUCAACUAUAGCUUUGACAACUCCUGCAGCCAUCCAUGAAGAACCUUCUUCUGCCCUUUCAGCAGUAGCAGCUGCUUCCACUUUCAAUAAUCCAUCCUCCUCCUUCAGUGGUGCCUCCUUCUCUGUGCUGGCAGCCAAAGGCUUCUGCAUGCUCAAAGUCUUCCUUAUGAACUGGCCCAUGGCUUCAGGUUUAUUUAUUGCUGUAUUAUCCAAAGAGAACAUGAGAGGAAACAGAAUGCAAAGUAUUUUAUUUUGAAGAAGUCUGCUGUUGACGAGACAAUUCUGGGCCCCUUUAUGGUAGAGCCCACCUGAAAUGUAAGAACGUGUAUGUCCUUGGCAUCAGAAGUUUGAAUUUAAAGCAUUGUAUUUACAUUUCAGUGUGAGAAGGAAGCAUCCAGAUUCUAGACAGCUAUGGCAGCAAAUUCCAUUAUCUGUAACAGAGACGCUGACACUGAGAGACAGGAAAACACCACUUUGCUCUUAAAAGCACAUUCUGAUAAAUAUCCCUGUGUGCUAUGCCAAAGCGUUGUCACAGUUUCCUUCCAUUCCCUUUCAGCAUUCUAGGCAAACAUGCCCAGGUGUUUCCUAAAUGCAUUUCUACGUUAUUUAAAAGAUUUCCCCGCUCCCUUUAGCGACACAAUGAUUAUAUUUAUUAAAGUGGGGAGCUUGUUUAGCAGAGUUUCCCUGCUGAUGCACCUGUUUAUCAAUAGGGCAUGUGCAAGAAACAGACUUAAUUUAUGAUGGUUUGCAAACUUGCGAAGGAGGCUUAGAUCACCAAUAUCGUGUGUGUGCUGGAUUGGGGACUAAAAGGAAAUCUUUGGAGGAAGAUGGGGCUUAAGUGAUGAGGAAAAGGUGUGUGUAUGUAAGGUAAAGGAAGGUAAAUGACUCCUGGAUGGUUAAGUUCAAUCAAAGGCAACUAUGGGGUGCGGUGCUCAUCUCACUUUAGGCCAAGGAAGACAGCAUUUGUCCACAGACAGCUUUCUGGGUCGUAUGGCCAGCAUGACUAAACUACCUCUUAUGCAACGGAACACUUAUGCAACGGAACACUAAACACAGAAACGUCAUUUGUCUUCCCGCCACAGUGGUACCUAUUUAUCUACUUGCACUGGUGUGCUUUUGAACUGCUAGGUUGGCAGAAGCUGGGACAGAGCAAUGGGAGCUCACCCUGUCACGGGGAUUCGAACUGCCGACCUUCUGAUGUGCAUGCCCCUAACAUUAUGUGGAAUCUAUACAGCACUGUGUGCAUAGGUGCCUACUUGAUCAUUGUUUGUGGCUGUUGUUUUCCCAGAAACAAAUGUGAAUAUUAAGUGUCCUGAGGGAUGGAUAUCAUAUGCAGGCCACUGUUACAAGAUUCACAGAACAGCGGCCUUGUGGAAUGAUGCCUUAGCAUCAUGCAGAAAGGAAGGUGGAGAUCUGGCGAGUAUACACAACGUUGAAGAGUACAGCUUUACAAUUUCCCAGCUUGGGUACAGUGAGUAUUUGUACAUGGUAUCUUAUCAAUUAGCAUGUUUGUGUAGCAGCAGUAGUUUACAUAACUGGCACCUGCUUCAUCCCAUCUAGGAUUAAUAAAUAUUACAACGGUAUCAAGAAUUUUAGUGGCUAUUUCGCAGCAUUUUUCAACUCGGUAAAGCUUUCUUCUCUAGUGUUUUGUCUGUGAUUGCAUAUGUGUCAGCCUAGCAAUUUCUCAGGCUUGUAGGAAUUAAGAUGCAUCUGCAGAGAGGCUGUUCUGCUUGAGGUACGACAAUAGAUGUAAAGCACUAAAUGGCCUCGGCCCAGUAUAUCUGAAGGAACGUCUCCACCCCCAUCGUUCAGCCUGGACAAUGAGGACCAGCACCGAGGGCCUUCUGGCAGUUCCCUCACUGUGAGAAGUGAGGUUACAGGGAACCAGGCAGAGGGCCUUCUCGGUGGUGGCAGCCGCCCUGUGGAAUGCGCUCUCUUCAGAUGUCAAGGAAAUAAACAACUACCUGACUUUUAGAAAACAUCUGAAGGGAGCCCUGUUUAGGGAAGUUUUUAAUGUUUGAUGUUUUAUUGUGUUUUUAAUAUUCUGUUGGGAGCCACCCAGAUUGGCAGGGUAUAAAUUGUUGUGUUGUUGUUGUUGUUAUCUGUAGUGACCUAAUGAAAUGUCAAUGCUAAGCCAGUGGGAAAAAGAUAAGGCAUUGGCUCAGAAGGCUCCAAGGACUAACGCAGGGGUAGUCAACCUUUUUAUACCUACCGCCCACUAAUGCAUCUUUCAUGACGGUAAAAUUUCCUUACUGCUCACCAGUGCUCAAUGGAAGGAGGAUUCAGCUUGUGCCAUAGAACCCCCUACCGCCCACCUAGAAUCCUGAAACGCCCACUAGUGGGCGGUAGGGACCAGGUUGACAACCCCUGGACUAAUGGCUUUGACUGGACUGUGCCAGUGCUAUGAUUUUGUUCAAGGGCAGAAAAUGCACAGCAGGCAGUACAGCUGGGAGAGAAGGCUUGGCAGUGAAGGGCCAUCACUCUGUGGCAGAGUCCAUGCUUUGCAUGCGAAUCAUUCCAGGCUUAAUCCCAGCAUCUCCAAGUAUGGAGAUGUCCAAUGACUUCUGUCUGAAACCAUGCAGAGCUGCUAUAACCCUCCAGAUGUUGUUGGACUCCAACUCCCAUCAGCCCCAGCCAGCAUGACUGAUGGGAGAUGUAGUCCAGCAACAUCUGGAGAACCACAGGUUCCUCACCCCUGAUGAGGUGAGCCAGGUAGACCAGUGGUGUGACUCAAUAUGAGGAAGCUCUUCUAUCUAGCUCAGCUGUAGAGAAAACACUUUGCUUGAAAAAGGUGCCAGAUUCAAAGCUUGGUAUUGUCAUCAACAAAAAUAAGGUUGCAGGUGCUGAGGAAGACAACUUCAUUUGAUCCAGGAGAGCUGCUACAAGUCAGUGAGGAUAAUACUGGGCUAGAUAGGCCAGCAGUCUGACCAGGUAUAAGAUAGCUUGCUAGAAGGGAUUGCUGAAUAAGGUAUCAUGCUCAGUAGUGGGACAUUAGAAACCCUGAACAACUUGUUAGCAUUCUUCGUGCGUAUAAUAACAGAACAAAACAGAACACAAAAUUUAAAAUUUGUGUAGUUUGCACAGAUCACAAAAUACAUCUUUUCUUGCUGCAGAAUUGGGAUUAUUUCGAUACAGACCUUUGGGAUUUUUAAAAAGUACAUAGAUACUAGUCAAUACUGUAUGUACAGUGGUACCUUGGUUCUCGAACUUAAUCUAUUCCAGGAGUCUGUUCGACUUCUGAAACCAUUCAGAAACCAAGACGCAGUCAAGCGGAAGCCACGUCAGACUUUCGGCUUCAAAAAAACAUUUGCAAACCGGAACACUUACUUCUGGGUUUGUGGCGUUCAGGAGCUGAUUUGUUCGGCAACUAAGCCGUUUGAGAACCAGUCUAGAAAGUUGUUUCAGUGAGAGGUGAUGUUUUGAGGAUUCUGCCAUAACUUUCUGCGCUAGCUGGCUGGAUCCUGUGUCUUGCAGCAUAAUGCAGAUGUGCUGUAGUGGAAAAACGAGGGAGAAGACCUUGUUGCGAGAACAAACAGGGAAAAAAUACAUUAUGUAAGUGUCAGGAAUGCAGGACCAGGAGCAAUGGAAAAUCUCAUUUAAAAGCAAUAUCUCUGUCAUGAAGGUGUCACAGUAGGUGCCAGAAAAACCAAACAGUGUACUACAUUCUGCUUGAAUGUUGAAUUAGUCAGAGGAAGUCCUGUGUACACAUCUUGGCAGCACCAUCUUGUUCUUAGUGAUUCAGGUCAGUGGAAAGGAAACACCUGUUAUGUUUGGGCUCGGGUUCAGUAUUCAGUCUCAGUGGUGACAUCUCCUACAGUUAAGGACAAGAAACUCCAUGAACACACUUUUAGCUAUUAACUUGCCACUGAUUCUUUAAAAAAAUAUGGUGACAAUUGAAUAUUGCUGGAUGCAGCCUUUUUAAAAAAAAUAUUGGGAAACUAUCAUUGAAGAGCAAUCCAUCCAGCCUACGACUGAUGUGCUAGUGCCCGUGAGUGGAAGAUUCCUAUCAGUUCCAUAGUUUCCCGCUUCAUCUCUGCUCCUCUGUCUAUGGGUACACACAGAGAAGGUGAGAGAUCAUUGCAGGAAAUCAGCGGUCUCUGCAUGUCUCUCAUCCAGCCCAUUCAGUGUUCCUCCAUCCCUCUGUGCAAAUUCUCAUGUCCCAGAGCAUUGUCUCCCCUUCCUUAUAAUUUCCCUUUCCUUGUUGCUACUGCUCAGUGGCAUGCGGUGAAAUUUUUCAUAGGGGAACAGUUAGGGCCAGAGACACCAGCUUGCAAGGGUGAUUGGGGUGUGUGUGCUGAUGUCACGCCCAUGAGCAUCGUGCCUCCUUCCUUAAUUUUUUUUUUAAUAAGAUAUUUAUUGAAAUUUUCAAAGUGUUACCAGAUAAAAUAAAAGCAGUAGAAAAUACAAAAUAAAAAUAAUUAACAAAGUAGAAUAAGAAAAAAAACAAACCCCUUCCAAGCAUAUGAAUACAAAUUCAAAAAUAAGAAAAAGUGACGACAAGAAAAAAAAUACAAAAAUACAUCACACACAAUUAAAAAACAUUUAAAAACAAAUUCAUUAUUCUCAUAUCCUCAACUGUCAUUACCUUCUUUCUUUGACCUCCUCCUCCUCCCUUUCUUUGUAUCCUAGUUAUUAAUUAUCCCAGCAAAUCCUUUCCAUAUUUCAUAAUAUUCUGUCAUUACAUUACCCUAAACUGUUUUAAUCUUAUCUUUCUAUAAUAAAAUAAACCUUAAAGCUUAAAACUUAAAUCUUAUCCUUACCAACUUCUCAUAACCAUAAUAUUCUUUCAUAAUUCUUUAAACAUCUUUACUAAAGCCAAGUAGUUUCAUUCCAACAUUUUUCUAACAUUCAUCAAUUUUAUAAAACAGUUCUAAUGGUAGAAAAAAGAAAUACAAACAAAUCCAAUCUUCAUCCAACGUCCCUUCCUCCUGGUUCCGGGUUUUGUCAGUCCUUAUUAUCCCGUCGAUCUAGCCGAUUAACCUGGCAGCCUUAUAUCCGAGGCCCUCAAGUCUCUUCCAUGUCCCUUCCGCAGCUCUUCUUCAUAUUUGUAACUGUAUUUUCCCUUGUCUCCUGCUCGUGGUAACUCCAGCUUGGCAAUAUUUUUAACCCUUCUCGACAGAUCAGCCCCUUUUCCAGAUUCAACGCUGAGUUCCAUAUGGUAUUUAAAAGCAUGUUUCAAAGACCCUCCGAAAUUAAGAGCCCCCACAAUCCCAAACAUCUCACGGCCCAUUGUCAGAUUUGAAAAGUCCAAACAUCCCAGCAUAGGGGGGUCAAUCCAGCCCCCCAUUUCCAAGCCAAACCAAACUUUUUCUUUCCAAAUCUGGCUUUUUCCAAGUUCAUUUGUCAAAUCCGAAAACUCAUAUUCCUGUUGGGCCUGUUCUGUCAGGACACACUCCUGAUUUAAUUCCUGGGUGGGCUCCACAUAUUUUCCCACUGCCUGUUCAAAAUUUCUAGUCGAAGUCGCCAUCCAAUUCACCUUUUCAUGUAAUUGUUCCAGUAGGGCAUUUGUUUUAUAGAAAGCACACAACAAAGCUUCUGAAUACAUUGUCCUGCAAGGUCGAAUGCCUGUUUACAGGAUUGUUAUCUGUAACAGCUGCCGGCUCUCUGGAGUUGGUAACAGUUACACAGUCUCCCUCUAGGGGGAAAACUUCUAUUUGUUCUUGCAACAAAGUUUCCCUUUUUGAGAUACUUUGUCAAUAUUUGUUGCUUAAAGAUGCGAAGGGAAGCAGUGGAAUCACUAUGUUUCUCUUCUUUUAGCUAUCUGUCAAACUGCUUGUCUCUGGUCAAUGAACUUCAAACGUCAGUCCUGACACCCAGCUCCAGGAUCAGGACGGAGGAAAGUUACUUUACUUUAAACUCACUUUAAACAGUCCGGAAAAGAUCCCCCUCCUUCUCCUGCUGUCGAAGGGGGGUUCCACAAUUUUAAAUGAUGAAAUCCAAUCCUUUAAAGGCGAUUUUCUAAGCUCUAGUUUACGUUGUCUUUGCUUUAUUCUGUCUACAGAAGAACGGAAGGCUGACUUCCUGUUUAGACCUUCCCGUUCCGUACCAAAUUAAAAUAGGUUUUUAAAAUCCAAUUCCUUUCUGCUCGCAAGUCCUUAUCUAAUGUCCAGUUGUUCAAAGUCUAAGUACUCACGGGUGCUUAUUUUAGAGUCCAAAUUGUCCCAGGAAAAAGGCAGCGCUCUCUGGCAACGGCUGUGCGGCUUCGCUCCACGGAAAUAGCAAUUGACUCACAGCACCGCGUCACUUCCCCCUCUUUACUUCGGAGCCCGUUAGUAGGUUCCUUAGCAAGUUGGGGGGGCUCUAAAGGCGCCCGCCGAGUCCCAUGGUCACAGGCUUCAUCCGCCUGUGAUUUUUAAAAGGGUCCCCGCUUCGCCGUAGCGGAGAAGACCCGUUUCCCGCGGAGCUAGUCCCUCCUGUUCAGAGGGAGUCCGCCAUUGCUGAUGGCGCCACCCCGGAAGUCCCCGUGCCUCCUUCCUUAAGUUGGGCAGAAGCUUCCUGGGCUUUGGGAAGGUGGCGGGAGGGCUCUUGGACCCAUUGAAGGCUCACACCCUCUACCUAAGCUGGGCUUUGGGAGAGAGGUGCCAGGGGAACAUUUAGGGGACUAGCCUAGUUCCCCUAGUCCAAUGGCUGUACGCCACUGCUUGUUGUUGUUGUUGUUGUUUAGUCGUUUAGUCGUGUCUGACUCUUCGUGACCCCCUGGACCAGAGCAUGCUAGGCACUCCUGUCUUCCACUGCCUCCCGCAGUUUAGUCAAACUCAUGCUGGUAGCUUCAAGAACACUGUCCAACCAUCUCGUCCUCUGUCGUCCCCUUCUCCUUGUGCCCUCCAUCUUUCCCAGUUCUUGCCCACUUCCAUUGGAUUCCAAUCCAAGCACAAACCCUUGAAGAUCUAAAUGAUCUUGGUCAGGCAUAUGUCUCUGAGUACAAGAAGUAGUGCGCUACUGAGUACCAAUUGCUGGAAAUGACAUUGGAUAGUCAAGCUACUACAGGGCCAUUGUGGCAAAUGGGAUGUAUUGCUGUUAUGCCCUGUUUGUGGGCUUCCCAGAGGUAUCUGAUUUGGCCACUGUGGGGAACAGGAUACUGAACUGAACUGAUAUGCUCUUGCAUGCUUAUGUACUUAACAUGCCCAGAUGUUAAAGUCUGUAAGAGAGGCUCUGCUUCGCAUCCCAUGGGAUGUUCAUAGGAAGCUUGGUCCAAAGAGAACAAAUAAUUCAAAGGAUAAGAACAGUAAUACGGUAAUUACCAAAUCCAAAUUGCAUUUCUUCUCAGUUUGCUUGCUUUCCCAAUGCCCAAUGCCCAUCAGCCCCAGCCAGCACAUCAAGUUAGUGAAAGCUGGCAUAAAGGACAUUUCAUUUUUCCAUCCCCCCACUUUGGUUAAUUAAAAAAGAGACUUAAUGUCCCUUUUCACUAUUAAAGAAACCUUUUCCUUUUUGGGGAGAGUUGGAGUAGUUUACAGGAAAUAGUUCAGAACAGCAAGCUAAAAAUAACGGGCAGAUUUUAAUUCAAGUGUGGGUAGAGGAAACUGAGAUCCCAUUAUUGAAUUCCAGAAUAAUAUUUAUUGCCAACAGGUUGGCCUUGGAGAAAAAUAGUUCUUAGGCAUGCAAUGGCUGACAUGGUGCUGCUUCAAUAGCAAAAUGCCUGGACCUUAGACAUUCUGUACAGAAAUUACAUUUCCCCUUGCUCAUCUGCAUCCAACGGAGUGUCAUUUUUGCCUAUGCUCAUCCUGUUAGGCUCAUCUGAUGAAUUGUGGAUUGGGCUGAAUGACCGCAGGGUUCAAAUGUACUUUGAAUGGACGGAUGGGACUCCUGUAACAUACACGAACUGGCUGCGUGGAGAGCCAACACAUGCUAACAACAGACAAGAAGACUGUGUGGUUAUGAAAGGAAAGGUAAAGUAAAGCAAAGCAGAUGGCUCAUUCGAUGUGCUUCUACUAUACCAAGUAUAUUCCUGUCUAAAUAUGUCACAAAUCUUAUCCAAGCAACUCCUUUUGUCCAAUGCAGCAAGGGUUCUGGGCAGAUCAACCUUGCGAUGUGAAACAUGGAUACAUUUGCAAAAGCAAACCACUAAAAGAAACUCCGGGAGAUGCAGAUGUAGUCGAAGAAGGCUGCCAGAAAGUAAGUAGAUCAAUACAGAAUUCCCCAGGCUCUUUGGCCCACUCCCCCCAAGUGGUUGUUAUGUUCACAUUCAAUGAGCAGCACCUACAAUGCAACAAGGGAUAAAACCUCGUUCCUGUGUCCUCUGCAGGUUGCUUACCUAACACUUGGGUGGUCAUCUGCUGUUGCCACCAGUCAGUGCUCAUAAUAACUAGUUAUUUUGGAAACCUUGUAGCUACUGUAAAAAGGUAAAGGGACCCCUGACCAUUAGGUCCAGUUGUGACCGACUUUGGGGUUGCGGCGCGAAUCUCGCUUUAUUGGCCGGGGAGCCCGCGUACAGCUUCCGGGUCAUGUGGCCAGCAUGACUAAGCUGCUUCUGGCGAACCAGAGCAGCACACAGAAAUGCUGUUUACCUUCCCGCCGGAGCGGUACCUAUUUAUCUACUUGCACUUUGACGUGCUUUCGAAUUGCUAGGUUGGCAGGAGCAGGGACCGAGCAACGGGAGCUCACCCCGUCGCGGGGAUUCGAAUCGCCGACCUUCUGAUCGGCAAGCCCUAAGGCUCUGUGGUUUAACCCACAGUGCCACCUGCGUCCCUUUGUAGCUACUGUGCAUUGUGGUUAUUCAUUUGAAAAAAUCCCCCAGGCUUCCCCUUCUCUUCAGGUUCUCUUCCAACCACCUCCACUAUGCUCUGCAGAACCAUAGCAAGUGACCAGCCUAUCUUUAAAAAAGCAUAUCACAACAAACAUGCAACAAACCUGCACAACAUCCUCCUGUCUGAGGCUUGCUCAGGUCCAUAUUCCUGGCCUCUAGCCUUAUGGAUAUUUGUCAAGGAUAAAAAUGGUUUUAUUCAUCCAGGCUUUUAAUGUUUGGUCUACGGUGGUGGUUGUUUGGCUGAAGUUUUUGGAAUCUGAGACCUUUAACUGUCUUGAUGUUAUCUGCCUGCUGUCCUCCCCCCCCCUUUUUUUAGUUAUGUGUCUUUAGUUAUGUGUCUUUAUGUGCCAUUUUAUCUUACUUGCUUUGUAACUGUAAGCCUUCUUUUUUUAAAAAACAAACAAACCCAAAACCAUAUCUAUCGAUGUGGUGGAAUUAAACCAAUCAUCUCACUGUAAGUUUUGUAUUUUGGCCAUGGAAGCAUUAAUUUAGGAAAAUGCAGAUUGAAUUAGUGGUAUUUUGUAAACUUGUUUUAUGCGCCAGGCAUUUGUCAGGAUCCUAACCUUUCCCCCUCCUUUUUUGGUCUUUUUCACUCUUGUACAGAGUUUUUUCUCUCAGCUAUUUUAUUGGAAGGGAAAUAGUAAAACACAGGAAUAAACAGUUGUUAUUCACUUGGCAUAAUUAAAUAAAAUCAAGUUCUCAACCCGGUUGCUAUUUGCUCUGAUUCAGGGGUAGAACAUGGGCUUUCCCGGGGAAAGUGGUGGGGCAAAAAACCAAAACCCUCUCGGGCACAGACCAGGAAAUCCCAGAUGUGUGCCUAGAAAUGCUGCACAGAAGGCAGUCUGGAUGAACCCUUAAUCUGGGAAAAUAAAGUCUUGAUUAGCUGGAACUGACCAUCUUCCAACAUCAACAGUAGACAAUUGUCAGAUCACCAAAAAAUCAUUUCAACAGAAUUCAUGCUUAGAAAGUGAAAAAAACCCCAAACAUAAUUGCACAAGGGAGCAGAGCAAAUACAAUAAUAAGUUAAAUUGGUUUAAUAUCCCUAUAAAACAAUAGACUCUUAAUGAAACGGAUAUCCCUACAGGAAAGGGCCUUUUUACUGAUUAAACAUUCCUAAUAUCCUAUUUCAUUUAAGGAAGUAUUUUAGCUGUAUUACUUUCUGCACUCACCCAGUUUUUGUUCCUUUCAUUCUGUUUUUGUCUCUUGCUCAACCUUCAUCAGUCUUCAACAGAGUUUUUUAAAGGUUAUAAUAUGCACACUUGACCUCACAGGCUGUCUGUAAAGUACAUUAUUCUUCCUUCCAAACAGGGCUGGAAAAGACACGGUUUAUACUGCUACAUGAUUGGAAAUAUAUAUUCAACAUUCGCAGAAGCAAAUCAAACAUGUAUAAAGGACAAUGCUCAUUUAGCUUCUGUUGCAGACAGGUUAUUAUUAUUAUUAUUAUUAAUUAUAAAAAUAAUUGUCUGAAGUGAAAAUAUGACAUUUUUGUUAAGCUAAGGCUUGGUGCCAUCAUGCAGAAAUCUCAGGAUUCUUUCUUCCCUAAAACGUCUUCUAUUUAAGGCAGGAUGAAAAACCUCUUUCAGGUGAACGACCACAUAAUUCUGUUGGAAAGCUGCCAGUGGCUACAUGCCGAUAGUGGGUGGGACUAGACAUAAAAAUGGGAGGAGCCAGAUUCAUACACCAUACCUCAAUAUUAUGCAACAAAGCUAUUUCUCAUAGAAACAGAGGCAUUGAUUUAUUAGUAAUUUCACUCAAGUUGCACAUUCCGUCUUUUACAUCAUUUUUUUAUAGGUUAUAAAAUGCAAAAGCACUGCAUUGCCCCUUUUCUGCCCUGAAUAUGCAAAAGUCAAAAAUAAUUCAGUAAUCCCAGCAAAAAUAUGUACAUAGCAUAAAUGCAAGAUCAACUGUAAGUCUUAGGGCUUUUGAAAAGAAAAAAAGAAAACUUCAAAACACAAUUGCAUUGUAAAAAUCGUAUGCAUGCACGCAACUGCAAAAUUCAUGGAUGACUUUUUGGCGUAUUUGCAGGGAACACCCAUCUCUGCUGAAAUAUUUUCUCCGUGCUCUGGUCUUCUUGAAGCAAGACCUUCUUACAGAGGAAGGAGCUGCAAUUGUACCCUUUCCACAACACCACAGCUCUUUUCCCUCUCAGCUACUCUCCUCUGAAAAACUGAUGGAUGGGAGGGGACCAGGAGGGCUGUAUGGGCAGGAUGGGGUCCAGAGAGCUGUAUCUAGCCCACAUGCCAGAGGUUGCUCACCCUGCUAUAUCACAGAUAAAAAAUGGUAGUUGUGGUGUCUAUUAACCACAGUUUAGAGCAGUAGCAGCAUAAACCUUGGCUAUUGUUAAGGCCAGGAAGAGAAGGAUAGGUGGGAACAUGCCAGGGAAGGGUUAGGAAGGUGGGAGCAUGGAAUUUAGGAGUGUUUAACUGCAUCCACUCAAAGUGAUAUUGUUACGUUGUUUUACUUAGGAAGUUGAUGAUAUACAACUUGCACGUUUGAUUUCAAACUUAGAGAAUCCAUACCUUGGAUUGGGGAAACCCAGCCAGAUGCGCGGGGUACAAAUAAUAAAUUAUGAUGAUGAUGAUGAUUUAAAAUUGCUCCUCCAUUCUUGUAAUUUCUGCCAAUUCCCUCUUCCUUAGGACCCCUGCCCCCACAACACAUUCAGUUCUGUUCCCUAACCCCCCAGGAGAAUAUUUUUAAGGGGUAUGGGGUGGGGGGCUUCAAAGGGAAAGGAUAUGUGGGAAAGGCCCAUUCCAUAAAUCUGAAAUCUUCAAUUCACAAAUGGAAAUUUAGGAUCCAAGCCCUGUAGGCUUAGAUGGUUAGCAUACGGAGGCUUAAGGCAGAGCAUGCCCCCAGGAUCCAGACUUAUUUCUGAACAUUAAUUCUGCAAUGUCUGAACAUGUCCUCCUCUGGUCCCUUGAACCUUCUUGGGUGCUGUAAUAUUUCCUUCCUGAAAAAGACAUUAUUUUAUUCCCAUAGGGAUGAAUGUGCCAUCUCAGUGGAGCCAACACUUUUAUUUGUACAGUAGAUGGAUAUACAAGCCCAUGCUACUUCAUGGCUACAUUUGCAGGGGUUUCGUCACAAAACAUUUCAUAGAAAUGAAAUGCUACUUUUGCCUUUUAUUCCUUUUCUGCAGAUACGAACAAGCAUAUUUUACUAGUCUGAUUGGGCUCAGGCCAGAACAAUAUUUCUGGAUUGGUCUUUCUGACAUACAAGAAAGAGGAACAUUCAUGUGGACCAGUGGGGAAACUGUUGAAUAUACCCACUGGAAUGUUGAAAUGCCUGGUAUGUAGACCAAUUCUAUAGAGAUACUGUGAAAUCCUGGAUUUUCCGCAGAAAGGCAAAAUUCUGACUACUCUCCUUAUUACACAGAAUGUUCUGUCUGUUUUGUAGACAGAACUGCUCACAGACAUAAGAACAAAUAAAUAUAUGAUGAAAUAUUUCUUCUUUGGCACUUACCUUGCCCCAUUUAAACUUUCCAUUCUGCUUGCUCAAGGUAUAAGUAAGUUGCUUUGUUAAGUUUUUGCAGACCUGGUUAGAUCUGAAAAUGUAUUACUUUUGAAACCCCCUUGCUUAAACCUCAGCUUUGUUGCAGUAUAGAAAAAAAAGAAUUUAUUUUUUUCAUAAAUUUAUUCCCUGUUCUUUGAGAAUUUUUUCUCUACGAAGUAGCUUACAACUAUAUUUAAAAUUACAGCAUUACAAAUUCUGAAUUUUAAAUAGUUGUAGCCUACCCUGGGAUCGGCUCAUGAAUUGUGGCUAACGAUAAUAGUAAUAAUGAAUAACAGCAACUGUAAUAAUAAUAAUUCUAUAUUUAAUCUGUCGAAAUAAAACAAUGAAACCACAUUAAAAUUGAAAUCCAAGAGGCUCAUGCAAGACCCUCAAUAUACAUUGAACACUUCUCAAAGAUUGCAAGGAAUGAGGCCUGCCAAAUCUCUUAAAAGGCAGGGUCCCACAACUGGAGCCACCAAACCAGGAUCUCCACAGCUGGGCACCUCUGAGCAACCCCUCCAGCACAGAUCUCAAGAAAAAAUGCUGUGCUGAUUGUACAAUUUGUUUUUUUCAGCCCUUGAGAUUUUAUGCUAAAACAAAUCUAGGGGUUAAGUUGCUAAUUGGCAGUGGAUGUGUCUUUCCCUUUCCUUUUUGUGUCAAUUACAUGGCCCUGUGUGUCUCUCUUCAUGUCCCACGAAGGGAGAAAAGCAGGCUGUGUUGCCAUGAGGACUGGAAUCACAGGUGGCUUAUGGGAUCUUCUGAAAUGUGAGACAAAGGCAAAAUUCCUCUGCAAGCGCUUUGCUGAUGGAGUGACUCCUCCGCCGAUACCAACGACAACUGCUGCCCCCAGAUGCGCUGACGGCUGGAGUCCAAGUGACAGUAGGAACUUGUGCUUCAAAGUAUGACAUUCAAUUGCAAGUUUUUCUUUAAUGAAUCUUACCAAAUAUGUACUGCCGUUUGUUUACAUCUAUUUGUCUUUGUAGUUAGCACAGGAAACGUUUGUUAAAAACAUGUUGUGUUCCCUUAUCCUUAUGUUCUUCCCACUUUUCCAAGCAGUGGGAGAGUCCAGAGAUACAGCACUUAGGAAAGAGGUCACUGAAGGCUUAUUGCCAUUUUGUAACAAUUAUGUUCAUUUACAGAUAUACACAGCACCUGUAGUUUCCCUAACGAAAGGUUGUGCCUGGCAACUUUGCCAUGGGGCUAUUAAAGAACGUAUAGAGCAAAAGCUUGGAUACAAUUUGGAGGGAAAAUACCUGAGAAAUUGCAAGUGAAGUUUGGACUAGCUCAGUAACACAGGUGGUCCUCCUUUCUCACUCCAGAUAUAGCUGAAGUACCAUAGAUAACUCGAUGAUAGAGCAUCUGUUCUGCAUGCACAAGGUUCUAGCUUCCAUCCCCAGCCUCUCUGUUGAAAAAGGAUUAGAGGGAAAGAGACUUGUCUGAGGUCUUGGAAAGCAGCAGCCAGCUGGAAUAGAUAAUAAUAGGCUAGGUGAACCAAUCAUCGGACUUGGUUUAAGAGAGAUGAUGAUAACAAUAUGUUAGCUGAACUCAGUGGUUCUUUUUCUGAGGGUACUCAAGGGUACACAGUUCCAUCACCAUUUUUUUUCUAGAAGAAAAGCACUGGCUGAGCUGAACUGAAAAUAUCUAAAUUAUAUUACAUUUAUUUUGUUAUAAUGAACAUAAUUUAUAACUUCCCUUAUUAUGAAGCAAUGUUUCUUACUUUUGUCAUGUGCAGAUCUUAUUGUGCCUAACUGUAAAAUAAUAUAUCAUCAUUAGGCUUUCAUGAGGAGUGAUGAUAAAAAAUCGUGGGCGGAUUCUCAGAGUUUUUGUAGAGCCAUGGGAGGUGAGCUGGCCUCCAUUAGUAGCUCACAAGAGGAACGUUCACUGCAGCGUUAUUUGUCGUGAGUAAAUUGAUUUAUCCAUGUUAUCAUAGCUAUUUCACACCCACAUUUAAAGCACUCUUGUGCCACUUUAACAGUCGUGGCUCCCCCCCCCCCCCCAAGAAUCCUGGGAAAUGCAGUUUGCUAAGGAUGCUGAUGGUUGUAGUCCUGUGGGGAGUAAACUACUGUUCCCAGGAUUCUUUGCAGGGAAGCCAUGACUAUUAAAGAGGCAGAAGAGUACAUCCAUGGUGUGGAUGUUACAUAUAAGAAGAUGGAAAUGGCCGUUUAGUCCCUUCUGCAGUACCGUUUUGUGUGAAUCCACAAAUGAGGGAAGUCCUUCCAAUCAGCUGAUUUUGGGUGCCAUUGGGCGAAUUGUUAGUUAUUCAAUGUAACUAUAACUGUAGAUUUUAGUCAAGGAGGGGAGAUUUGUGUUUGUGGGAUUUUCUGCAUCAAGGUGCCUAAACAACGUGACUCAUCUUGGGCAUUAUGCACCUCGAUUUGGGCAGAGAGCAGGCAAGGGGAAAUAUUUGUGGUUCUGCCUCAGAUGGGAAAUGUAUUGAUCUGACAGAAAUAAGACCAGUAGACGACUUGACUAUUGGAAAAAUAGCAAACUCUGCGACAAAUAUCAAAGCAGGUAGUCUUUGAGGCGGAAUACUGAGAUGCAUAAAGUGAAUCUUAUUUCAAAGACAAGCCAAGAAGCUUAGUUGGAAACUAAGCAUUACAAUUACAAGCUAGCAUAGUUGGGUGCAAGCUUUUCAUGUUAGUUUAAAAGUGAUUUCAUAAAGCAACAUGUCUAUUUACCCAAGUCUCCUUGUGUUUGUGUGAUAUCUUAGGGACCAAGGAUUCAGCUCUUCACAUUUCUGGCUAGGCUUAAAUUUACAAAGUCCAACUGAAGGAUUUUCGUGGAGCGAUGGCUCUCCAGUGAGUGACUUGCACUGUUUUUAAAAGAUUGUGGUUCCAAUUUUACGACUUACAUGACAAAAUCCAAGAGAAACAAAUGAACAUACAGAGCCUGAAAAUUAUGCUAAUUAUGCUAUUUGGUUUUAAAACCAAAUACAGCAAAAUGCUAAAUGACCAAAAGGAGUGUCUCCACCCCCCACCAGUUGUUCAGCGUGGACACUGAGAUCCAGCUCCAAGAGCCUUCUGGCGGUUCCAUCACGAGAAGUUUGCAGAGGGCCUUAUUGGAAGUGGCACCCGCCCUGUGGAAUGCCCUGCUGUCAGAUGUCAAGGGACUCAUCUAUACUCGUGGUUUUUAAUGAUAAUUAUGAUAAUCAUAUACAGUGGUACCUCGGGUUAAGAACUUAAUUCGUUCUGGAGGUCCAUUCUUAACCUGAAACUGUACUUAACCUGAGGUACCACUUUAGCUAAUGGGGCCUCCCACUGCCACCGCGUGAUUUCUGUUUUUAUCCUGAAGCAAAGUUCUUAACCUGAGGUACUAUUUCUGGGUUAGUGGAGUCUGUAACCUGAAGCGUCUGUAACCCAAGGUACCACUGUAGCCAUAUGACGUUCUUUUAAGACAUAAACAAUGCAUUAUUAAGUUGAUACACCAGAGGACACUGAGAGUUCUCCCCGUGAAAUAAGUGGGUAGACCUUGUAGAAAAGGAAGAGUUGGAUGUAUUUAUGUUUUAGAAUGAUAUCAAAAACAUCAUUCUAGAAUGCUUAAAGAGUGAGUAUAAAUCCAGCCAAGAAGAUAAACAACUAUACAACUUUUAGAAGACAUCUGAAGGCAGCCCUUUAUCGGAAAGUUUUUAUUGUUUAAUGUUUUAUUGUGUUUUUAUGCGUUGGAAGAUGCCCAGAGUAGCUGGGGCAACUUAGCCAGAUGGGUGGGGUAAUAAUAAUAAUAAUAGGCAUUUUUACAUGGCACUUUAUUGCAGACUUAGUGCUGUUUAUGUUAUGCAGGUUCUGCACAGCGUUUACAUUGCAUCAUCUGUACCAAAUGCCAUCCCAUAUUAAUUUCCUACUUCAUCUGGAUUUAACAUUUCCAUCUGUUGUGUAACCCCCUGCACUGUAAAUAUAUCUUAAAAUGGGGAGAGAUAAUAAUUAAUAAUAAAAUAAUAAUAAUUUAUACCCUGCCCUCCCCAGCCAAAACCGGGCUCAGAGCGGCUAACAUCAAUUAUAUAACACAUUAAGAUAAAAUCAAGCAAUGAAUUAAAAUACAUCCUAGAAUCAUCCUAGACCUUAAAUGCUCACCCAGCUGUUUGUGCUGAACUUAGAUGAGCCUGUGCGAAAAGUUGGGAGGCCACUUUCAUGCAAGUUCUUAUGGGGGAAAGGGGAGUCAGACUGAACCCUGACCAAAGGCCCUGCGGAAAGAUGUCAGAUCCCGCAGGGCCCUGGUCUCUUGUGACAGAGCAUUCCACCAGGCUGGGGCCACGGCCAAAAAGUCCUUGGCCCUGGUCGAGGCCAGUCUAAUCUCCUUGAGGCCCGGGACUGUAAGGUCCUCUGUGGGGCACACCAGGAGAGGCGGUCCUGUAGGUACGAGGGUCCUAGGCUGUAGAUGGCAUUUUGAUGAGGACAAUGCAGUGUGGACACUGCAAAAGAAUUUGCAUGCCUGAUCAGUGGUGAGUGUGCAAUAACCUGCUGUGUGAAGGCACCCUUCAUUAAAAUGAAACCACCUUAUUUCCAGACAAGCAAUGUAAUGAACUUAUUUCUACUCAGCUUGGAUAUACAAACUGGGAGUAUGGAGAGCCCAAUAACUACAAUGAAAUUGAGCACUGCGGAGAGUUGAAUGCAAAUUAUCGCAUGCGCUGGAAUGAUAUACACUGUGAGGACUUGUACAACUGGAUUUGUCAGAUUAAAAAAGGUAAGAUUUCUUGCCUUAUUAAGCUGUAACGUCACCAGAAGAUUGCUUGUGAUACUACGGUAUUUAAAAAUAAAUAAAUACUAAAAAUGUUUUUAAAAUAAAUCAGCCUUCUGAUUAAUUCAACACACACACACAUAUCUCAAAGAUGUGGACAAUAAUAAAUCUGUGGCUGUUUAUGGUGUGAAAGCUGCCAUAAAUACUUCCUACCAGGCGUCAGCAGAGUUGAAACACAGUUGGCAGCAAAGCAAGUGGAAUCGGCCCUGAGUCUUGAUUGAUCAGAGACAAAAGAAAUAUUGCUUACGUUGCUAGUGAAUAACCUUUGGAUAAUUUUUCUCCCAAUUGAUAAGAGGAGGGUGUUAUUAUAUGCUACAACAGCAGCAAGAAUGCUGGUUGCUAAAAAUUGGAAGGGGGAUAGGACACCAACGAAGGAAGAACGGCAAAUUAAAUUGUGCGAAUAUUUGGAAUUAGCAAAAAAUGACAGAGGUGAUCAGGAAUCAACCAAACCAAAGGUUUAAAAAGGAGUGGGACUGCUUCAAAGAGUACUUGGAAAAACAUUGUUCUCCAACAAAAUCUUUGAUGUGUUUUGACUAAAUUUUGCAAAGUAAAUAAUAGAUAGAUAAUGUAUACUUUAUGUAAGAGAAGUGAACUAAGGAAAAAACCACAGUUAAAAGAUAAGGAAGAAGUAAGGAGUCGCAAGGAGGUGGAGGGAACUCACAUGUGAAGAAAUACUGAUUUAUUUUGGUUUGCAUUUGUGAAUAAGAUAACAUGUUUUGAAGAACAAAUGGAAUAUGUGUACUAAUAAUUAAAUUAAAAACUAAGAAUAUAUUUUUUAAAAAAGAUAUUGUUGAACUUCCUCUUCACCAAACUCCACCAGCAAGGGGCUCCUGCUGCCUUGAUCACCCCGAGGCAUUGCUUAAUUAUUGGUUUUAACAGGAUAAUGCAUGUGUGGAUCACAUUUCCCCCCCCCAGGAGAAGAACCAAAGCCUGAACCAACAGAACCACCUCUACCAAGUAAGUUUGCAUUGCUUCCUUUGAAGAAAUCAUGUCAUGUCAAUAACUAGGGAUUGAAGCUAAGUGAGUGUUGCCAUUUCCACCCAGGCAGAUGGAGGUUUCCAAUUUCUUUGAGAGCUGCACUUCAGGAAUAAGGUUAUCAAGCACAGCUUCUCCCACAUCAGUUGCUCAGAGUCCAAAACUAGACGCGAUGGGGCAGGCAUCUAUGGAUCUGACCUACUCAGAUAAUUUUUACACACCCCUUCAUUGCUCUACCCUACUGUGCCCUAUUGCUUUAAGAAGUUUAUUCAAAGCCCAGAUCUGAUGCAGGAAGUGACCCAGGUAGGGGUGGUUAGCGAUGCACGCCCCCUAAUCCAUACCACCUCUCUCGCAGAAUUUCAAUAUAGCAGUGAUGGAUGGCUCAUCAAUGGAGACAAGCAGUAUUAUUUCAGCACUUACACUGCUCCUAUGGAAACAGGACGUGAGUUUUGCAAGAAGAACUUUGGAGAUCUUGCAGUCAUUGAAAGCUACACUGAAAGAAGAUUCUUAACAAAAUAUGUAAGGUGCUAGUUUAUUAUUUCCUCAAAUAAAUACUUCAGAGUAGUAAGCAUUCUUUGUUAUAAAAGACUAUGCCUUUUCAGAAAUUUCAUUUCGUGAAACACUUGCUCUAGAAAUUUGGCUUUAGAAAUUCGGCAUACCUUUUGUUCCCUUUCAUGUUGUUAUCCCCGAGUAACAGCAAUUUGCCAUUUAAAUUAAACAUCUUUAUUUUAUUUAUGUAUUUAUUUAUUUUGUAAGAUUCAUGCACCGCUUGAUUUGUAAGAAACCUCAAAACAGUUUAUGAAAGAUAAAACAGUAAAAUCAAGAAAAAUUCACAACUGUACUUUCAAACAUACAAAAGUUUAAAUACUUAAAACAGAUUAAAAUUGCCUCAGCUUUCUAAGUAUUUGGGUAGGCUUGUCUAAACAAGAAUGUUUUUAGCACGCACUGAAAAGAGAACAGUGAAGGUGCUUGCUUGAUUUCUCCCUAAAAAACAAAAACAUAUUAGGAGAUACUUUACGUGCCCCCCCCCCCCCCGAGGUUUCGACUGCCUAGGGGCCUUCACAGAGUUUAAUUCAGUAAUAGAAAGAGACCUGGAAUAACAAAUUUCUUUUCUUUUCAGUGUUUUAAAUAAGUUUCAGAAGGCCCAGUUAACUGGGUAGCUAGGGACUUUAGUUAUUCUCAAUGUGUUUUUGAAGGGAUUACAUUUACAAUGGUCAUUUGUUGUAUAAAAACUUAAUGUUUGCCUCAGACAUAGCAUUUUCAUCUUCAUGCUUUAGAUCUCAAAAAACGACUGGACCAACGCUUACUACAUUGGCUUAAAACUGAGCCUUGAUAAAGACGUCAGGUAAGUAAACAGAAAACAUUGGAGCUUAUUACGCAACUCAAUUUAUUAAUACUAGACAAAUAUGCAUAGUACUAUAUAGAGAAUCAAGCCCAAUGCAGUAUAUUCUGUAACUUAUCUGUGUGCGUACACACAUAUUGCAGAGCUGGAAAAAGGCUGCAGCAACUUAGUGGGGAUGUAUAUAAUGUGUAUGCUGUAUACAUUUAAAGUAACCCUCUCCCCAAUUCCCAUCCUGGGGAACUGUAGCUGGGAAGGGUAGCUGUGCAAGUGGUAAACUGAAGGUUUUGCGUUUAGGGGUAUAUGCUUUGCAUGUGCUUUAAAUGUAUGGUGCAAACACAGAUACAACAUGCAGGGCUUUCUAAUUUUGAAAAGGGCAUGGAAUUGAGGGGGUGCAAGAUCAAGGUUUAUAAAAUAAUGUAUGAUGUAGAAAAAAAGUAGAGGGAAGUCCUUCUCCCUCUCUUUUUAGAAUACUAGAAUUAAGGUUCUAGUUCCAGCCAGAGGCAGAUUUAGGGGAGCAUGAUCAAGCGGAGAGGGUGCUGCAGGGGGUGCAGCAAAAAUUAUGAACAAUGGAGGGGUGGUGAAUUUUGGCAUUGCACAAGGCACCGCUGAAAUAUUAAAGUCCAAAGUCUGCCACUGAUCCAGUGAAGCUGACUCAUGGGCAGACUAAAGGAAGUUAACAUGGAAUUCACAUCCUAAUGACACCCAGCCCUCAAACUCCAAACCAGGUCAUAUUUGGGCUGCUUAGUGGAACUGAAAUACAAAUUAUGAUAGAAGCAGAUAAGGAAGAGGUUGCAGGCAGAGGAGGGAUUCACAUCCACACCAACCCCUGAGCAUCCUUCACCGGACUUCGUAAUCCUGAUUUAUAUUUCUUUGACAAGGAAUCUUCAUCAAACACAGUGUUUUUCCUUCGUAUCUAGUUCAGCUCUCAGAGCCACAGCUUGGAUUUUUAAGAUACAGUCAUCAUUGCGAAGCUGCUAUUGGUUCCCCGCUCCCUAAAGAUUACCCUUGAAUUUCCCUUGCACCUUAAGCCAUGUUGAAAACAAAUCAAGAUAACAGAAUAAUUUGUCUUUAAGCUGGAUGGACGGAACCCCCGUGCAGUAUUUAGCCUGGGCACCGCAUGAACCCAACUUUGCAAACAACGAUGAAAACUGUGUGGUCAUUUACAGAAGGACAGGUGGGUAGUCUGCCGAUUGUCGACAUUUUAUUUUUGUGGCAACACAUCGUGCACAUGAAAUUUCCAGGAAAAAUAAUAAGGCAUCUUAUUUGUACAGGGUGAACAGUAUUCCGAAAUGCAAUGCGUGGUUUAACUUUUAUGACAGAUCACUUAUUCUUUCUUGUUUAGGACUUUGGAAUGAUAUAAACUGUGGCCACCCCAAUCCUUUCAUAUGUGAAAGACACAACAGUUCAAUCAAUGCAACAGUUGCUCCUACAGCCCCUUCUGUUCCAGGAGGAUGUCCAGAAUCAUGGCUUUCAUUUGAAAACAAGGUACCAUUAUAAUGUUCUUGUUUCAAAGGAACACUGGGAAACAGCCAUAAAUAUGUACAUUGCUGCCCCACAUGGCUUUGUCUGUUUUUAUUUUUUGUAUACUCAAAAUGUAUAUUGGCAGACCCCCAUCAUAAUGCAUCUCUGCUCAUGCAGCUGGUCACUAUCAAAAUGAGCACGGAUCUCAUUUAGCUGGUACUUUCCAUUCUGCGCUGGGUAUCAUUUGCUUGGGGCACCUCCAGGUUGGUGUUGUGGGUAUGUGGCCCAACAUGUUAUGGACAGUAUAAUUGUGCAGGAGUGGUGGCUUCAUUCUGCUUCAGUUGUUUCUGUGGUGCUUCCCCAGCGCUACCACAUUAUUGUUGCCGGGAGUUGCAAUAGAACAAGAGAAGUGGGAUAGAAAUGAAGCAGGACAUGUGUGGUAAAAAAGAAAAAGGGUAUGGGAUUUCAAUAGGAUGUGUGCUAAUUGAAAAUGAAGCAGUGUGAGUGCUGCAAAAGUUUGAAAGCAGCAUCAUGUGUCAUAGUCCCUACAGCUUUAUGAGCACAAAUCAUCUGGAAUGCACAAUAAAAAGGAGCCUUGUGCCUGUAAUAUUAAUAAUUCCCUCCCCCCUCUUAUCUCUCUAUACAUUUAUAUAAAUUUACUGGGGAAGGGCUUUAGCUCAGUGGUAUGCUUUGUGUGGAAGAGGUCCCAAGUUCAAUCCCUAGUGUCCCCAAGGUUGGACUGGGAAAGAAUCUUCCCUGAACCUUGGAGAGUCACUGGCAGUCAGCAGCCACAAUACUGAGCUAGGCGAUUUGACUUGUUAUAAGGCAACUUCCUACGGGACGUGGGUGGCGCUGUGGUCUAAACCACUGAGCCUCUUGGACUUGCCAAUCAGAAGGUUGGUGGUUCGAAUCCCCACGAAGGGAUGAGCUCCCGUUGCUCGAUCCCAGCUCCUGCCAAUCUAGCAGUUCGAAAGCACACCAGUGCAAGUAGAUAAAUAGGUACCGCUCUGGCAGGAAGGUAAAUGGCACCUCCUUGUGCUGCUCUGGUUUCAGUGUUCUGUUGCGCCAGAAGCGGCUUAGUCAUGCUGGCCAUAUGACCCGGAAAAACUGUCUGCAGACAAACGCUGGCUCCCUUGGCCUGUAAAGCGAGAUGAGCACCACAACCCAAGAGUCGUCUGUGACUGAACUUAGCUGUCCGGGGUCCUUUACCUUUACCUUUUAAGGCAACUUCCUGCGUUCUGUGUUAAUAGAGAAGCAUGUGAGAAUGUUGUGCCUUUCACAGCACAAGGUUGGCAACAGAUUGGCUCUGCAUGAAAUUUUAGAUACUACUUCUACUGACAAUCUUGCACUGAAAGUGAUGUCACCUGUGAAUCGUCGUUUCCGUCUUCACCCCAGUUUGACAAUGUCUAAAGUUUGAGUUGUAAUAGCUACAGUGUACAAAAGAAAUCAGAGGUUAAUUUGCUGACUUAUCGUGUCCAGGAAAACAGAGAAAAAGCUGGGAUUCUUAAAUAUCUGAAGCUGAAAUAGUAUUUGCGUGUCGAGGUCCCCAAGCCACCCCCCAAAUAACUCACAACGCACACUUAAUUUUUGUUUAAGGUUUUUGGCAUAAUUUUGGCCACAACUUUAUUUAAAUACAAAACCGUGAGUGGUUGUUUAGGCAUUGGUUAAGACUAUCUGUCCCCCGCCUGGGGACAGAACUGACUUCCGGGCACCACCGAAAGACAGUGCGGGGAAAGCAAGUCGGUGAGAAAUUGAGCUGAGUCACAGACCCUCAAUUCUCAUCGAAGGCUUGCCGGCCCUAGUCCCAUUCCAGGGAUUGGACGAAAAGAUGGCAAGCCCCAGGAUUCCUUUAACGGAAUUCCCUUUCCGCAGCAACCAUGGAGGGGCAGGCCCAGCCUAUCCUAACCCCUCCUCCACCAAUUUAUAACCAAUGCCUAACCGCAACCUUACAAGUUGUGACGAUUUGCUACGCAGUAGGCAAAAACCAAAUGGCCCAGCCAAUCAGCCAGAUGGACAAAAUUCCUACCAGGCCCCUGCCCCAACGGCAGACGACCCCAUGACAGGCAUAGCAAGGUCAAUGCAACAACCCCUUACUCAAGGGCGGGUGGGCGGGUGAUCCGUUGCACGCAGCAAAAAGAAAGCUCCAGGCUGCGUGCAGAGUAUUUAAACAUUUUACCCCUCCCACCAAAAUUGCAACAUAACUUUUACCCCAGCAACCCAGUGAACCAAUCACUGCCCCAGGCCAUCUUUAGAGACCCUGCCUGGUAACAGAGGGGUGGCUCAGCAGACCCCACCGCAACACGUGCUCUCCAUGAAGGAGAACACGCUUUGCAUGCUUGAGCUAAGAUGAGUUUCAAUAUGAGGUUCAAUAACUUAUCACACAUAGUUUAAGGUAACCACAUUUGUGGUACAAUUAACUUAAUUUCACCAAUUAUUUUGACAAAGAAAAUGCUUAAUAAAGAGUUUUAUUAAAAAAACAAAUUCCAUAUUGAGUUUUGGGAAAGUUCUUCUUACAAAUAUUUCUGGAUGUUUUCAGAUCUUACUUCUCCACCAGUAAUGUAAACAUACCCUUAAUCCAGAUGUAACAUAAGGCCAUAGUUUGAUUCUAAUGCUGGUUUGUUUGGGGCCAGUUUGCUGAUUUGGAAGUAAUGGCAAACUAUGGUUGGCUGAGACCAGAAAGUUACAAAUGGAAGGAUGGAGCAUGUGAACAGAGGGCCUAUUCAUGUGCCAGGCAGUGGCUUAGCAUGACAUCUGAACCAACUCUUAUGGUUGGUUCACUAGCUUGAGGGGUAGGGGAGGAAAGCAACUGAAAGCAUUUCAGAAUGUUCAUAUUUCAAGUGCAAAAAAGGACACAGCUUUAAAGUAAAGGGAGAAUUAAAGGCCAAUGUCUGUUUUCUGGGUUCGAAGAUGACAAUCCUACCUAGACCUAGAUUAUACUCAGAUUUCUUUCUUUUUUAAUCAUUCUCUCUUCAAUUUUUUUUAGUGCUACAAAGUAUUUGGGUUGGCAGAUGAAGACCGAAAUAAUUGGGAUUCUGCACGAACAGUUUGCAAAGGCUUACGAGGAAACCUGGCUACCAUAUCUAGUGAAAGGGUUCAAGGUACUCCACAUUUGCAUCUGUAGAUUCAAGCACAAGUAAUACUUGCAAAAUAUUACUUCAGUUUUAUAUUUUCUGGAACUAAUGUGCCAUCAGUCUGCACACCCAUCUCUUUCAGUAUGCAAUGAAAGGCUGUAAUAGUAGUAUUAUCAUAUACUGAUACUCAACUUCUAUCGAUUAUAAAACAAAAUGUGAAUUGUAUAAUGCAACAAUGAUACAAUAAAGCCUACAAAAACGUCUUUGGCAGCAUGGGCACCUGCCCAUUACUUCAUUUAAACCUAAUGGCAAACCAUACUUUGCCUGUGAGCUUGGAUCCCAAAUCACCGCUUGAUCCUGCUUUAAGAUCCUGAGGCAAAUAUUGUUUGCACAAACAUUGUAAAGACUGUUGUUUGCAGGGACCUGGGAAUAGAAAGCAACAAUUUCAACAAGCCAAAAAUGGAAAUUCCAAAGCUCUUUUCUUCAUGUAGGGAUGGGGACACCUGGGAAGGGGAGCAGGAGGGGGGGAACCAUGAGUUUCCCCCAGGUAUGUUUGGGGGGGACACUUCCCCCAUUUGUUUCUGAAAUGUGGGAAACCCCAUCCUCCCAUUUUUGGUUUUUCAACAAUUUUUCCAUUUUGUGGGGAGCAGAAGGACCUUCACAUCUUUAGAUGUGCAAACCAAAUAUAUAUGCAUGUAGGCUUGAGUCUGCCUGUGUUCAAAAUACCAUCUGAAUACAAUUGAUGCCUGAGUGUGUAAUAAAGCUCAAAAUUUGAAGUUAUGAAACACUGAAAUUUUCUCUGGACUCUCAAGCAGAAUCUAAAACUUACAGUUGUGGUUUUAACAUUUCCCAUAGUCCUCUGUGUUUAAUAAUAAUAAUAAUAAUAAUAAUAAUGUAUAUAUUUAAUUUUCAAGGCAUUCCCCUUUCCUUUCAUUCAUUCCAAAACUCAGUGUUUUUCAAGGCUGUUUGGUUUUGAAUAGUGUCUCAGUUUUUGGAGAUUUCAGCUUUUCCUUCCACUUUUCCUUUCCCUUCCUUAGCUUUCCUUACUUCCCAGUUGAACAAUUUCCCAACGGAUGCAUGGAUAGGAUUCAAUGAUAUCAAUUCAGAAGAGAUGUACCUCUGGACAGAUGGAAGUAGAGUCAGUUACACCAACUGGGUAAAAGGCUUCCCAUCAUCUAAUUACGAUGCAGAGAGGGUACGUAUUUGAUGAAUGCACAAUAUGGCAAAUGUUAAUUGGAAGACUGCUCCAUAUCAUCCCCACAACACUUCCUUUCCCACAAGCUUCUCCUGUACGUGGCCUCAAGUCAGAACCAUACCGUGAGGAAAAAAGAGGCAAUGUGAAGGAGCAAAAAGUAAGUUAAUCGUUAAUAGGAACAGCAAAAUUGCCAGCAAUACUGAAUUGGAAAAAUAUAAUACUGAAAAUCAGUAUUUUUCAGAUACUUUUUGCCAUAAAACCAGGCCCUACGCACCACAGACUGCAAGUUGUAUUUUGAACUUGAGGCAGGAGUUCCAAGAAGGAAUUGUGGCAGAGGGACAUCUAGUAGGUAGGGAAACAAGAUCCCAUGGUAGCUGCUAGGAAGGCAAGGGCAAUUCUGUCACUUUGCCUGGCCACAGCCCAAGCCCGACCCAGAAGCCCGAUGAUAUUAAGGAAAAUGAAUAGGUUGUUGGGUUAGUGGAAUCACCCUGGAGCAUGGGAAUAAAUAAGAGGUUUCAUAAGGGGCAACAGCAUACAGAUCUGAAAUGUCCCGACUCUACUCCUGGUGGCUCUCUGCAAUUAAAUUUAUAUAGCUCGGGAAGAAAUCAAAGAUGCUCUGAAUAUCUCACUACUAUUUCUAGCAUUUGUUUCUCCUUCUUCUUCUUUCAUAGGAAGAUUGUGUCGCAAUGAAAAACAGGCCUCUUCAAGAAUCGGGAAAAUGGAGACAUUUUCACUGUUCUGAGAAAAAAGGCUACAUUUGCCAGACAGAUACAGGUGGGUAGUUCUGCUAAUCUGUUUCCCCUGCUUACAUUAAAAGAAAAUCUCAUGCAAGCCCCGAUUAAGCUUUUAUGGUUUCCUCUAUACUUCAGUAAAGGGCUUUGCAGAAGGUAAUCUCCAACUCUACAUUUCGAUGAUUUUAAAGUGGCCCAGAUAGCAAGGUGACCUUUGGACACAUGGAACAGUUUUAGAGCACUUUUUUGCCACAUCGAGUUCGGAUCUUGGAGGUAUAGCUCAAUGCAUGGCGAUGGUCAUUUUCUGCACCUCUGGCCCAGUGAUAUAGUAUACUGUAUAAUAUGCGUACAGAAAAAUAUUAUGGGCAUCCUAUUUCAAGGUCACAGGUGGUGGUCUUUCUUGCAGUGCUCAGCUACCUGAGAUCUUUUAACUGGGGGUGCCAGGGACUGAACCUGGGACCUUCUGUGUUUGAGUCAUCUUUACCACUGAGCUGUGGCGUUUCCUUACGUACAUUUCUGCAUAUGAUAUCCUGGUUAUAAAUCAAGGACUUCAUCAGUGGUAGAGAGUACUGCUUCCUUGGUGGGAGAGUUGAAUACCUUCUUUGCCCGAUUUGAGGUGACACCAACAGUGACUCCAACAGGGAUGCCAGAGCUAUUGGCGUCACCACCUACAGGAAAUGCUGCCAGGGUGGAAGAGGGAGAAGUGAGGCGAAUAUUAAAGGAGGUAAACAUGAGGAAGGCUAUGGGCCCGGAUGGGGUGGCUGGCAGGGUGCUAAGAGAUUGUUCGGACCAACUGGCAGGAAUCUUUACGAAGAUUUUUAACCAGUCUCUGGCCCAAGCCACUGUUCCACCCUGUCUGAAAUCCGCUACCAUUAUACCCCUGCCAAAAACAUCAAAGAUAGACAGUCUGAAUGAUUUUCGCCCUGUGGCGCUGACACCCAUUAUAAUGAAAUGUUUCGAAAAACUGGUGAGGAAGCGCAUCUUAUCUUGUCUGCCAGUGGGACUUGACCCUUACCAGUUUGUGUACAAGGCAAAGAGAUCCACAGAGGAUGCUGUGGCAAUGGCUUUACAUGCUGUCCUGACUCAUUUGGAGAAGCAAGGGAACUAUAUGAGACUGUUAUUUGUAGACUUUAGUUCUGCAUUUAAUACUAUUCUUCCGCAUAGAUUGGUGCCCAAAUUAUUAGACCUGGGACUUCCACCAUGUGCAGGUGGAUAUUAGACUUUCUAUCAAACCGUUCCCAAAGGGUCAGGUUGGGUUCCCACGUCUCUGCGGAUCUCAUCACGAAUACGGGGACGCCGCAGGGGUGCGUGUUGAGCCCGCUUUUAUACACGCUCUAUACAGCUGACUGUGCCCCCAAAUACCCCAGUAAUAAGAUCAUUAAGUACACAGAUGAUACAACGGUGGUUGGUUUAAUUACGGCUGGAGAGGGGGAGACAGCCUAUAGGAAGGAAGCUGAGCAGUUGGGGGAGUGGUGCAGGAAAAACAACUUACUGCUUAACUUAAAGAAAACAAAAGAGAUCAUUGUGGACUUUAGGAAAUGUAAAUUGAAUAUUCAGCCACUUAUUAUUGAGGGGAAGUGCGUGGAACAGGUCUCAGUGUUUCGAUUUCUGGGAAUGGAGUUGAGAGAUGACCUAACCUGGGGAGAGAACAGCAAAGACCUGGUGAAGAGAGCACAGCAGAGGUUAUAUUUUCUGAGAAUCCUCCGGAAAAACAAUCUCUCAAAGGACCUGUUGAUGGCAUUCUACCAUUGCACUGUGGAGAGCAUACUAACGUAUGGUCUGUGCGUGUGGUUUGGGAGCUGCACGGCCAGGGAAAAAACAAUGCUAUCCAGGGUUGUAAAGACUGCAGAGAGAAUUAUUGGGUGCACUCUUCCCACCUUAGAUCAAAUCUAUGCUGUCAGGUGCCAUAAGAAAGCAGCAGAGAUAGCACAUGAUAGUACGCACCCCGGAAAUGAUCUUUUUCAGCUUCUGCCUUCUGGAAGAAGGUAUAGGGUUAUAAAGGCCAGGACUAGCCACCUGAAAAACAGUUUCUACGCUAAUGCAAUUCUGGUUCUAAACGCAGCAUAAGGGGUCUCUGUAGUAUAGUGUAUUUUAAAAUGGGGUUUUAGAGUUUUUAGGGGUUUUGAAUGUUUUAUGUAGUUUUUAUGUAGUUUUAUGUAGUUUUUAUGUAGUUUUAUGUAGUUUUUCAAUUUCAUUGUUCUGCAAGGGACAAUGACAAUAAAGAUAUCGUAUCGUAUCGUAGUUCAAAGGAGUGGCCGCUGCAUUCCAUUCCAUCCCAUUACCUCCAUGCAAUGACUAUGUAGCUUAUCCAAUCUACAUCUCGUCACAAGCUUAUGGGCAGCAUCCAACUGACUUACUCUGUCAGCGCAUGUAUUUCCAUUUGCGCAGUGGAUUCUGUCCCCUCCCCUCUCUCCAAAUGUACCUCACAUCCUCCCCAAAUUUGCACUGGAGGGUUGGUGGAACCCCCGGAAUUGGUUUAGAGGCCGUAUGGGGGAAGAGAGGGGGACAUUCUGUGGCACGAGUGGAAAGCUGCAUUGAUGGAGCAAGUUAGUUGGAUAGUGCCCCAUGUCUAUAAACCUAUUUUUCUCCUUUAUAUAUUUUUCUUUAAAUUACAGUAACACUGCAUUGGAUUUAAUUUCCCUUUCCCUUUUGCAGACCCUAAAACUCCUGUUCUUCCAACACCCACAACAGCAUAUCGUAUCCGUUACAAUAACAAUACCUACUUCUUCUUUGAAAGCAAAAUGGCAUGGAAAGAUGCUCAGAAAAGUUGUGAACAGCAAAGCUUUAACCUUGCUAGCAUUUUAGACCCUUUCACCCACUCAUUCCUCUGGUUGCGGCUGCUGAAGUAUAAAAGCCCAGUGUGGAUUGGCCUCAAUACUAAUGUGGUAAGUACAUCACAUAUUUAUCUAGAAGGGGCCUUAAUAUGGAUGCUUCUAUUUGUUUCUAGUUAUUUGUUUAUCUCAGGUCAUUCAAUCAGCAUGCAAUUAAAAUAGGACAAUAGGUUACAAUACACAUUCAGUUCAAUCCAGCCAACAUUUCAAGUCUGCUUUCUAGCUUACUUAAGGACUCUUAUAAACCCAGGUGGUUCCAACUCUUACAUAGCAAAAUCGUAUCGGUAUUGACUUGGAACUCUUGUACAAUUCAAGUGAGCAAUAUAUGUAUUGUAAUAUUCAAAUCAGAUUAAGGGACAUUGAAAAACAAAACAAGUCAGCUGUAAAUAAAAUUUGCUCCCCCAAGUUUUAUGAUUCAAACACAACAGAUAACAGUGUCCCAUAUUUCAAAAUUAAUAAUUCCAGUCCAACACAGGGCCUUAAUGAUAGCCCUACUGAACCUUUUCCCUUCAGCUUUUGUCAAGGACAGAUAUUUAAACAUCUCCAGAAAAGAUAGACAUUGUAGAUGUUUUUUGAAUGUGCCGGACACAGUAGAACAUAUUCUUUUCUACUGUCCAUUGUACAACAAGCUACACAAACACAUGCCAUCCCCUUUCCUGAAUAGUCUAACAUUCUAUCUGUCUGAUAUUAACCUGGAAGCUGACUUUUUAUCAAUAGUAUCUCUCCGAGUAAUGAAUGGCACUAUUUAGCAGGAAGAAACUCCAAUGAAAAUCAUUAGUUACAUAUUUUUACAUGGCUGUUUAUUUGUAUAUAUUUUGAAAUUGUACAUAUGGAUGUUUUAUGAUGGCCUAUAUUUGUAAUGUUUUAUGAUGGCCUAUAUUUGUAAUAGGGAUGCGGGUGGCGCUGUGGGUAAAACCUCAGCACCUAGGACUUGCCGAUCGCAUGGUCAGCGGUUCGAAUCCCCGCAGCGGGGUGAGCUCCCGUCGUUCGGUCCCAGCUCCUGCCCACCUAGCAGUUCGAAAGCACCCUUAAGUGCAAGUAGAUAAAUAGGCACCGCUUUAUAGCGGGAAGGUAAACGGCGUUUCCGUGUGCUGCGCUGGUGCUGGCUCACCAGAGCAGCUUCGUCACGCUGGCCACGUGACCCGGAAGUGUCUGCGGACAGCGCUGGCUCCCAGCCUCUAGAGUGAGAUGAGCGCACAACCCUAGAGUCUGUCAAGACUGGCCCGUACGGGCAGGGGUACCUUUACCUUUACCUUUAUAUUUGUAAUGCUUAAUAUAGGUUUGGCAAAGUAAGUAAGUUCAAUCCAAAUGAAGUCUAGGUGAGGGAGUUUAAUAUUAAAUUCACUUUCCAAUAUACUGAGUCAGUUAGAUUUUCCUGUCCUAUGCUACAAGGACAAAAGCCCUGUUCAGAAUAUCACAUGCAGUGAGAAUCACAUGCAGAGAACAGGGUUUGUUGACACCAAACUAUCUUUUAUGUUCCACUGAAUUGCAAUACAUCAAGAUAUUAAAUGCUAUCAGUUGUGGGAUGAAUUGACACAAUGGAUUUAUAUCAUACUACAUGUGUAAAGUGGCUUACCAAUGCCAGGAGUUCUAUAUUAUCAGUCACUGGGGAUUUUUUUGAGAACAGUCAUUGUUAAAAAGGUCGAUAUCACUGCCUGUACCUUUGCAUUUCCUGUCCUCUGACCUCUCAUCUUCUCCUUCUAUAUAUAGAAUGUACAACCAGAACAAACCUAGAGACUGUACUUCGGACGGCAGUGACUCUUGACACCAUUGUAAUGGUCUGCGUCUCAACCUGUAUACUCAAUGCAUUUUGCUAAUAUGCUAAUUUUUUCAGACCGAUGGACAAUAUACAUGGACUGACAAGUUCAAAAUGAAGUUCACAAAAUGGGCUCCAGGGGAACCAAAACAAAAUUUUGGUUGUGUUUAUCUGGAUUUGGAUGGAACCUGGAAGACAGGAUCAUGCAAUGAACAUUAUUUCCCACUCUGUAAACACUCUGAUGGUAAGCAAAUGAAGAGCAACACUUCUCAUUCACUACUUGUCUUUCAGGUUGAAGCACCGCCUCAUAGGCAAGAUAAUUUAGCCUUUUUGCAGUGAACAGCAUGGCUUUUGCAUGGCUUCAAAAUACGUUUAUAUAAACAAAAAUAUUUUGAAAGGUCCACCCCUGUGUAACUUGAGCCAUUUUUCAAAGGACUCAAUUUGUAGCAUUUUUUUACCUGCUAAUUCCUUAAGAUUAUCCCACUUACCCAUUUGGGACCUCCUGAGCCCUUAUAUCCCAGCUUGAUCACUGAGAUCCAUCUGCAGGAGCAUCACAUGCCAUUCCCUAAAUUGGCAAGGCUUAUUUGACAACAACAAGUAAUGGCACCUUAAGUGUCAUCAGCCCAGUAUGGUGGAACACUCCACCAACAGAGAUUCAGCAGGCGCCUUCCGUUUCAACUUUUAAACACUUGCUGAAAACUUUUUUAUUCCUCCUAAAUAGGAGAUUAAGAAUACAUCUUUCCACAAUAGUUAACUGAUGCAUGUUUUUAAGCUUCUUAUAUGGUUUUAAUUGUGUGGUUUUAAGUACUGUCAUUGUAAUCCACUUAGAUUUUUUUUAUGAAUGGGGUUAUAUAAAUACUUUUAUAAAUUAAUAAUGCCCUCCCACCUCACUCAGUGGGGCAGAACCCACCACCUCCAUAAAACCUUGGUCCAAUCGAGGCCUGGUACAGGAAAAAUUCCUGCAUGGUUCAACAUCAGUCUGGUGGCCAGGAAGUUCCCACAUUAAACCAAGGGUGAAGGUUGGCUGAAUGUGGUUGGACAGGGUAGGGGAAGUGAGUGCCCAAUCUUUCCUGCUCAUGUCACAUGGUGGAAAGCAGCCUGUCAUAUCUUGACUCAUUACCAUGAGCCAGAGGGGGAAAUAUCAUGAGUCAUUCAAAGAGGACAUGCCUUUUCCAUUCUUACUCUGAAUGUUUCCAUACUGGGUUGGGAUUGGGUUUUUUUGUUUUUAGCAUUGCCCAGUCAUUGGUCUCCCACUGUAAGCUGUGUAGGGAUGUGGGUGGUGCUGUGGUCUAAACCACUGAGCCUCUUGGACUUGCCAAUCAGGAGGUUGAUGGUUCAAAUCCCUGUGAAGGGGUGAGCUCUCAUUGCUCUGUCCCUGCUCCUGCCAACCUAGCAGUUUGAAAGCAUGCCAGUGCCAAUAGUUAAAUAGGUACCACUGUGGCAGGAAGGUAAAUGGCGCUUCCGUACGCUCUGGUUUCCAUCAAGGAGUUCUGUUGUGCCAGAAGCGAUUUAGUCAUGCUGGCCACAUGACCUGGAAAGUGGUCUGUGGACAAACACCGGCUCCCUCAGCCUGAAAGCGAGAUGAGUGCCGCAACCUCAUAGUCGCCUUUGACUGGACUUAACAAUCCAGGGGUCCUUUACCUUUACCUUACUGUAAGCUGCAUUGUUUUCUACACUUCGGUAGGUACAUUCCCUAUUCAAUAUCAUGCCAAUCUCUCCUCACUUUUUACAAGGCAAAGAGUGAUAAUUCCACAUUAAAAGACAGUGUGUGGAAGUACCCUUAGUUUAUUUUGGGGGGAGGGAGUUUGCCAGGUAACCAAUUUCUCUUUUCAGAAUCUAUUUACAGCUAUCUUUAAGUCUACUAUCCCAAACAGAGUAUAGAUAUUGAAAUACAAUGUUAGUUGCCUCUAUUUUUGAAUCACUGUUUUUGGAUUUUCCAGUUCACUGAAUUACUAGUAAUUCAUUGGUACCUGUGCACUAUGAACGGUUUAAUUUAAAAAUGGCAUUUUGAUAACCAGUUAUAGGACUGUCUCAAUUGCGCCAGCAGACUUUCUAUUAAGUUCCUCAUGCAAGAAACAUCAGUGCUGUAGCAUAGAGAAUCUGGUGGAAAAUUAAUUGAAUUACAAGUUGCUGCUCCCCCCCCCCCCGCAAAAUAGUGAAGGCACCUACCGAGCCACCUCAACUACCUGGAAAGUGCCCAGAAUCACUGGAGACACCGUGGAUUCCUUUCCGUGGCCACUGCUACCACUUUGAGACGUCAUCUAAAAAAUCUUGGCCUCAGGCUUCUUUAGCUUGUUUACAAUUAGGUAAGUACCUUUCCAUUUAGAUGCAAGAUACAAGACGUUACAUCUUGUUUAGUUACACAAUAAUCUCCCCCUUUCCAUUAGGAGUGAGUUGGCUUUUAGCAGCAAAAGGCAUAUGCAAAAUGCAAGAUUAGUAGCAAAUCAUACACUAAACUGUAGCAUCUUAGAAAGCUUCGUUCUGUUGAUCAGAGAGAGAAAGAGAGAGAGAUCUAGUACAUACAGAAACUUCAACCUAAGGUGGGACUUGGUAUAUCUUGACCUGAGAAAUAUGUACCUGAGUAUCCAAAAACCUUGGAUUAAUAGCAAUCAGUGGACUAGGGGGACUAGGCUAGUCCCCUAAAUGUUCCCAGUAAAGUAGAGUAUUAAAGCUUGGCAUCUCCUUCCCAAAGCCCAGGAAGCUUCUGCCUGGUUUAGGGAGGGAGGCACAAUGCUCAUGUUUGUGACGUCCUCCCCAGCUCCAACUGCCCUCGCAAGCUGGCACCUCUGGCCCUAACUGUUCUCUAGCAGCUGUCUAAGGCCUAUUCCUUAAUUCCGAAGACCAUUGUAAAGGCUGAGUCCCAACAAACAGCAAUAGUGAUAAGUAGGGAGAAAAACAACAGAGGAAGGUUGGGAUAGCUGAAAAAUGAUGAGUGCAGACUCUAAACCUCUUGGAUGGAUUUAUUGCUUUAUUGUUUGGUGCCCAGCCACACUUCCCUUGCGGACCUCUGCAGCUUCUGUUUACACAGUGUAGCUUCGAAGCGUCGUAAAGCAAUUAGCAGAAUUGCACAGCGUCUUUGUGUAGAAAGGGCAGUAAAUAAGUCCAGACGUUACUUCUAUCCUAUUAUCUCUUUAUUGGAAACAAAUAGCGUAUUUACAAUCCAUAGCAGCCAUCAGAGUCCAGCUGCAUCGUCUCUGCGUCCUUUCUCCCUCAGUACAGCGACUGAUCUGUGGAAAUCGAAAGCACUCUGUUCACAGCAUAACAAGCUGUUUACGUCAGGUCUUGGCUUACUUCCCUUGUAAGCCCGUCCCCUCAAGCACGAGAUACAGAAGGUUAACCCUUCACUACACCCAACAAAACCUGAAGUGCUUUGUGCAGGUGCUGGGUGAACACUUUAGUGUAUAUAUGGCAUCUUUCAAAGCUUUGUGAUUAAUUUGCCAACUUUCCCAUCCUUACGUUUACAACAGUUUCCCCCAGAGACAAGUGAUGGAGGUAUUGCAAACCUCAGCUUAGUGAAAGAGAGUAUGUCUUGCAUAAAAGAGAUUAGAAUAUGAAAAAGCGGUUUGUGAAUAUACGUAACUCCAUAGAAAACACAGUGAGUGGGUUAAUAAAAAUACUUCAGUGGUGUGUGUAGAAUCUGCCAUGGUCAGCCCAUCUUGAUGUCAGCAAGUGUUUGAAAAAUAAAUAGUAUCAAACAUAGGGAAGGAGAUUAUCUUUUUUCCUUAAAUGUCAAAAUAUUAUCUAGCGUUCUGAAUUGCAAAAAUUCAUUUUGCCCGAGUAACAGUCCCACCCAGGAGUUAGUCUUCAGAGCAUGAGAAUUAGAAAUUAGCCAUUCUAAUGACCUAAAUUCUUACUCAUGUUUUGCAGGUGCUGGUCUGGUUUCAGUAGUUGAUGCAGUUGAAUCACAUUUUCUGGCAGAAAAUGUGGAACCUCUUGAAAGUAAAGUGCGAACGUUUUGGACAGGAAUGUUCAGAAAUAUACAUGGUACAUUUUUUGUUUCAUCUUUAGUGUAUGCUUAUGUAAUCAGUGAAUGUUUUUAUCAUAUACACUUAAAUAAUCUAAAUGUUAAUCAUAUCUGGCCAAAUCCAAAGACAGAAAUUUAACUCUACCUUCUUAAAAACUCCACUUUUUCACCAGCACAUCAUCCUUUGUAAGUGAAAGUUGAGGAAACCAGGGUAGAUGACCUGGUAUUUGCAAUCAUCCUGGUCACAGCCCAAAAUGUAAGCUUUUCUUUAAAAAAUCAGAUUCUACAAAUUGCACUGCUUUAAUGCUGAACCAGUUACAAAAUUCAAGUCUGAAGUAUAUCCUGCUUAGCUAACUGACAAUUUAAACAGAUAGAAAGUUAUUAAGGAAGAUGAGCAAGUAGACAUUUGGGUUUACAAUUUAAAUAAGUCUUUUAUUGACUGUACCACCAAUUAUGCUAGGCUCUCUGAAGGCCUGUACCAGGUGGGAGAACCUCCAGGCUGUGGGCCUAAUGCGUCUCCAUAUGCCUCCCCAUUUGGCCCAUGAGGCCAUUUUAGAAAGGGCGUGCCCAUCUGCCCUAUACCUGAUGCCAUAUAUGUCACCAGAUACGGAGCAGGUAAAAACCUGGCUCAGCUGAAAGGAUGUGUACAGACAUCCUGGAAAGGGCUAUACCAUCAGCUGAUCUUCUGGAGCCGCUUUCAAAGCGCUGCACAAAAUAAUGCUUUGAAAAGAUCACCUAACGUGAUUGUGACAUCAGGUGAUUGGCAGGUGGAUGGCUUACUGUGCAAGAUAUGGAAAAGAUAAUCUCACCCGCUGAGCCAAAAAUGUUCCCCACCCCUACCCUAUACCAAUGAGAUCAUGACCAUCUUGUCCCAACAUCUUUACUGGCAAGUAACUCAGCUGAGAGAAGAAGCAAAUCAAUAUUGUGCACAAUUUCAUUUUAUAUUUGCUUAGUUGUCUGCUGAGGAAUUCUGUAGGAAGAGGCUCCAAAGUGAUCGGAGGUGGGGGGAGCAGCUGAAUUUGCCACAGUGAUAUAAAAAUCUGCAAAAUCUGGUGGCCAGCCCAAGCACUGCAUCAUGCAUGAUGUCCUCCAGGCACAGAUAUGUACAAGGCCAGGAAAUCACCUGCUCCCGUGUUUUGUUUGAAAAUCACACACCCAUUUACUUUAGUGUAUUGACAUCAUUAAGAAUCAAGUUCUCAAUGAGCAUGCCCAGCAGUUCCGAUAUAUUAUACACAGUGAAAAUUCCACAUCCUUGUUCAGAAAACCCUGUUCAACAAAUACUAGAAGCAGACCUACUAGAGCUCUUUCUCUCAUUUAUUUUCUAACUUAACCGUAGGCAAUUGGUUAUGGCUCGACAACAGCGUAGUGGAUUUUGUUAACUGGAACGAAGGAGAGCCCUCUCCUCAAACUAAUGAAGACUGUGUGGAAAUGUAUUCUUCAUCUGGGACUUGGAAUAAUUUUUACUGCAGUUCCUACAGGGCGUAUAUAUGCAAAAGACCUAAAAGUAUGUAAUACAGUUAUUAUACUUUACUUUGUUUAGUAGUUCCUGGGGAAUAUUCAUUACAUUGCAAAAAGCGAUGCCAGUGAACCUUAGCCUUAGCCCAAAUUCUUUUUGAUCUUGAAUGAAAUCCAAUUUGGAGAAAGAUUCACAGCUUGCCCCCCACCCACAACCCAGUUGCCAUCUCUUAAAAACCAAGUGGAGGUGGCAAGCACCCACAGGGAAAAGUGAGGGGAGUUCACUGCAUGCCUGAAACUCUAUAAUGAAGCUGAAGUGUCCGGCUUCCUCAGAGACCUUGUAUAUCAAGAGGUUGCUUGGUUGGGGUUGAGAUUUGCCUUUUGUUGUUGUUGUUUAGUCAUUUAGUCGUGUCUGACUCUUCGUGACCCCAUGGACCAGAGCACGCCAGGCACUCCUGUCUUCCACUGCCUCCUGCAGUUUGGUCAAACUCAUGCUGGUAGCUUCAAGAACACUGUCCAACCAUCUCGUCCUCUGUCGUCCCCUUCUCCUUGCGCCCUCCAUCUUUCCCAACAUCAGGGUCUUUUCCAGGGAGUCUUCUCUUCUCAUGAGGUGGCCAAAGUAUUGGAGCCUCAGCUUCACGAUCUGUCCUUCCAGUGAGCACUCAGGGCUGAUUUCCUUCAGAAUGGAUAGGUUUGAUCUUCUUGCAGUCCAUGAGACUCUCAAGAGUCUCCCCCAGCACCAAAAGCAUCAAUUCUUGCCUUUUACUGGAGGUCUUUUCCUGACCACAGUGCAAUCUAAAGGAGUGCCAUCUCCAUUGCAGUAGGCCUUGGGGAAAUUCCAUUUCCCAAGGACUGCUGGGACCUUUCUCCUUGGGGAACAGGGGGUGGGCUUUCCUCCUUCCCUCUCUUUACAGAGGGGCUAGUGCUGCUGCCCCCACUGCCCCCAUAGCUUGCUCAGCCAGUUUGUAGAGCCAAUAUGUAAGAGUUUUAAGGAAGGAGGAGGAAGCUCCAGACCACAGACCAAUCUUGGUCUAUCAGCUUUCUCACUUUGGCCCACAAGGCGUUUUCCCCAAACAUGUCCACUCACCCCACACCUAUUGUCAUAUAUUACAUCAGUGGUGGGGUAUGUACUGGUGUGGCAUUAAAGGAACAACCAGGAGCCAGCAGCGAGCUUCCUAUCAUUUCUUUGCUGGAACAAGUCAUGCUCCCCCACCCAUCAUGAUGGUUGUACCUUGCUCCAGGAGAGGAAAAUGGUUUUCAUUGAAACUGCUGCUGAAAUGGGAGAAUGUUUCCUCCCAUUUUAACUCUAGUUUCAGUGGAAAGCACUUACCCGCUCCUGGAACAAGGUUCAAAGAAUAGUGUGGAGCUGGUUGACAGUCUUGUAGUGCUCUUUUAACCUCUGGCUUUCAACGUUUAAAGAGCAGCAUGGGGCACUUUGCAAAAGUGACUUCAAACAGCCCCACACUGUUCCCCUAACCAAGGCUCAAACAGUAGUGCCAGAAGAUUGACAGGUGGGAAACUCUACCAUCUCUCCGAUUUGGCUCACCGGGUUCAUGGAGAUAAGGAUCUAGCCCAAUGGCCAGAAGAGGUUUCCCAUCACUAGUUUAAAGGGAAGGGAAAGGAGGUUGUGGAAAUGUUGGGGGCUUUCUGAGGUGAGAGAGAGUGGUGGGAGUUAACAGGCAAUUUCUGAAGUUAAGAGUGAUUCCAGAAAUGAACUAUACCAAACUUGGAUGAUAUUUUUUUAAUUCUUUGAACCAAUGCUUUAAAACCAGAGGGAGUCUCCCAUACCCUUACAAAACAUUGCCCAAGAUCAUUUCAAACCCUGCUGAAUAAUUCAGUUGAAUCAGAAUAUGCAAUAAAAAGGCUUUUGACACAUGGUCAUUUGGUUUUGUUCUUCCAAUUUUUAGUUAUUGAAAUUGUGUCUACUGAGAAGGCUCCAGAAAAUAAAGGUAAGGUUUUGAAAUAAAAUCAAAAUAAAGAAAAAAUAAAAUGAGAAAUUAAGGAUAUACCGUGGUGGAAUUUAUCUUUUGAGUAUCUUAUAUAAAAAGCCAAUAUAUUUCCAGCAGAAGAGAACAUUUUCAUUUCAGCCUCCCUUCAUCCACUUCUACUUGUUGUCUAAAAUUUAAAUAUCUUUCAGUCGAUAAUUAGAUUGGCAUUUGAUAUUGGUUGUUGUUGUUUUGGGGUUUUUUGUCUCAAAAAAAUAAAAUAAAAAUGAAAUGCCAAAAAUGGAUGGUGAUCCUUUAUACCACCUUAUAUUCUGGAGAUAGAAAAUGACCUAAGUAAAUAAUAUUUGGUCCCCUACUGUUUCCUACACCGAACUGACUCCCUUAUUAAUCCCCUACUGCAGAGAUGGGGGAGCUGUGCUUUAUAAAUGUUGUUGAGCUAACUUACCAGAAGAAUAAGAAAACAAGAUAACAAACUUUUUUUUAAUAAAAGGAUGGAAAUGGUUGAUUGAAUAUCUACAAACAAAUUGUAAACAGAUAAAGACAUUGGCAGGAUUACUGUAAUAAAUGGCAGUUUCAAAAGAAUAUAUAAUCAAAACAGAUGAAUAAAAGAAUAAGUUAAUUUAGAAUAUGCAGGGAAUGACAAAUUUUUCAUCAUCCCUGAGCAUUAGCCAUUCUGACGGGGGUUGAUGGUAGUUCAACAUUUUGAGGGCCACAGAUUAGCCAGCCCUGCCCUAAUGAUUCCUAUGCCUGAGUGACUCUUAGUCUCUUAGUGCUGCAUAGUGGUUAAAGUGGACUUUCCCAACCUAGUGCCGCCCAGAGGUUUUUGACUACAGCUCCCAUCAUCCCCAGCCAACAUGGUCAAGGUCAGGGAUGAUAAGAGCUGAAGACCAAAACACUGAGCAAAUGCCAGGCUGGGGGAGGUUGUGUCAGUGUCAUACAAGAACUGAGGAGAACCAAUGUUAGGAUGCUUCCUCAGCCAUGAUGUGUUGCAGAGGAAUGAUAUUUAUGAGAUCCACUCCCUUUUAGGAAAUACAUUAUCGUCCAGACAUUCCUUAAAUAUUCAAAAGCUUUACUUGCAGAACAGAUGGUAAAGAAUAAUAUAUAUGGAUUCGCAAGACAUAUGCUUAUCCAGGUUUCACUCACAGUUUUUUAAAUCAGAAGCUUUAUUUUUCUGUCUCCCUCUUCCAGCCUUGCACUCCAUAUAGGCCAUGCAGCUGUGUGACUAAAUCCAUUUUCUUUCAGUCUUUCUCAGUGUUUAAUUUCAGAGACCUCCUUAACUGUGGCACUGCUCUCUCCCCCUCUAUUCCUUUAGAGAGACCUUUCUGUCUUCUUUAUUCAGAAAAAGAACAUUAAUGCUGUUUCUCUCAGCAUUGUUCAGAGAAUCUUCUUUAUACAGCCCUCUCUCACAGCAGUAUUUAUAACAUCUUACUGACUCACAGCCAACUUCCUAUGCUCCCUGUGUUCAUCACAGAGAACUCAAGCACACAAAAGGAGUUUGUGACCAAAGUUAACCAACCACAUGAGAGCUUACUAGAGAACAUACUGGGACCAGCUAUUUAACCAAUCAAAACUCAAAGGGCUGUCUGUAAAUAUCCACGGCAGUAUACUUUAAACAUUCCCAUUUCAGCAAAUUUAAACUGACACGAUGCUCAUAGGUGACCUUUGGUCUCAGUGUAACCUACAUGAGAGGGUUGUUGUAAAGGUUACAUGGGGAGGGGAGGACCUUGAAUGCCACACACAGCUCCUGGGAAGAUGGGCGAGUUCAAAAUACAAUAGUAAUAAUAAUUUCCACCAUUCUGUUGUUGUAACUGCUGUGCAUUAAUUACAGAACCGAGAAAGACAGACGACACUCCUGCUCCUUCCAACAGGAAAGUUACCGCUGCGAUUGUCGUGACUCUCCUGAUUGUGAUGGUAGCGGCCAUUGCAUGUUACUAUUUCUACAAGAAAAGGAACCGGCUCGUCCUCACAGAUGACAACUUUGAGAACUCUCUCUAUUUCAAUAGCAGCUCCACCCCUGAAACGAGCGACACAAAGGACCUGGUGAUGAACAUGGAGUGCAAUGAGCACGCUGCCAUUUAG